AACAACUUUUAGAGGCCAACCCCUAAGUAAAAAAAAAAAAAACAGUUGCUAUACAAAUUUCGGCGAACUUUUAUUAUUUAUAUCCCAAGUUGUGUUUUAGGACGCCCUUAUAAUUAAAAUUAUGAAAAAAUGAAGCAGCUAUAUUCCCAAAAAAGUCUAGUCACUAGUGCCAAUCCGAUCGGCAGCAAAAAUUCACAAUCCUCAAUAAAAAGCUGUAAUUGCUAUAUAUAAACAGGCGGAGACCGCAUCUCAGACUCGGAUACGGUUUAUACGAUGUACUCACUGCUAUAUAAAACCAGGGAGAGAGCCAAAAUCUAAAUUUAAAGGCCGAAAGAAGCCGAGCGCCGCCGAGCCGCCCGCCCGCCUCAGUCCAUCGCAGACUGCCGCCCCGACAUUUCCAAACGUAUCGCGGUAACCGUUAACAUAAACGGCUAAAAACUUCCGAACACCGAAGUGAAGUGCAUUGAAAAGUUUGGAUUUUCCAGUGCAGUGCCAGUGUGGUGUUUUGUUGUUAGUUACCGCGAUGCAGAUAUCGGCGUGACACCGGGUUGACAAGAUUCAAUCCGCGAGAUGUCGCAACCGCCGCCGGGACACGGACGCGCGCGCCCCCCAGGCCCUCCGUCCCCCCUCCACUACCGCCCCCCCUCACCAUGGGCUCCAAGCCCUCCCCCACUUAUCUCUGGCCCUCGGCAUUCUACAGCCCUGGUGUCACCACCACCAGUACAGCCGUCACCUAAACCCUUCAGGCCAUUGCAUUCUCCUUUCCGGCCGCACUCUCCAUCUCCGAGCUCACAUUUCUCUAUCUCGCCCUAUCCCAUGUCUCCCACGUUGGGUCAGAGCCCGGAGUAUUAUUACUCGUCUCCGUAUGAGCCAGUACGGGAGUACGAUUACGCGGGAGUUCCGCUGGAGCCACCUCCGCCCCCGCGGCCGAUGAUAUACGAGGAGGAGGAGGAGAGAGGGCCGUCCACGGCAGAGAUAAUUGCCAGCCAGUCACAGGAAGGCUACGUUGACGAGAAGCUAGCAGAGUAUCAGCUCACAAUUCAGUUAUUACAAGAUGAACAGGAAAGAGUACAAAAGAAGACAUUCGUUAAUUGGAUCAAUUCACAUCUGUCGAAGCGCAUACCGCCACUGCGCAUCGACGAUUUGAUACAUGACCUGCGCGAUGGCACCAAACUAUUGGCGCUGCUCGAAGUACUUUCGGGGGAGAAACUGCCAAUGGAACGCGGUCGAGUUCUCCGCCGCCCUCAUUUUUUGUCCAAUGCCAACACUGCGUUGAGGUUCCUCGCGGGAAAACGAAUCAAGCUUGUGAACAUCAACGCAGCAGACCUCGUGGACGGCCGACCUGCCGUCGUUCUUGGUCUAAUAUGGACCAUCAUCCUCUACUUCCAGAUCGAGGAGAACAGCCGAGCGCUGGAGUACUUGGGCGGGUCGCGGUGCGCGUCCGUCAUGUCGCAGGAGUCCGGGGCCGCCACCCCGACGCACCGCGCCGAGGACCGCUGGAAGCAGGGCGCCAAGAAAACGCUACUGCAGUGGGUCGCCAACGCCCUGCCCAAGGAUUCCAACAUUCAUGUAUCAGAUUUUGGUCCCUCUUGGCGUGAUGGUGUGGCUUUCCUUGCCAUUAUUGACGCAAUCAAAGCCAACCUGAUCAAUCUCGCCGAGAUGAAGAGGAAGACGAAUAGACAGCGCUUGGAACAUGCCUUCGACGUAGCUGAGAACGAACUGGGCAUCGCCAGGCUUCUGGAUGCAGAAGAUGUGGACGUGGAGAAGCCAGAUGAAAGAUCCAUUAUGACUUAUGUGGCACAGUUUUUGCACAAAUAUCCUGAACCCAAGACAACAGGACCGGACGCUGUAGCGGCAGUACAGGAGGAAUACGAAUCUCUUAGAAUGUGGUUGACCGAACGCGUCACCAUCAUUCAAAGGCAAUACGACACGCGAACUCUUUCGCGAAACUACGAGGACUACGUCCGCGCCGAAAACGACAGGCUUGCCCGAGAACCUGUCUACCAGAAACUCGAAAAACUCAUGUACACACAAAGCUUAGUAGCCAUCGCGCCCAAGUCAUGGCGCGAGCUAGUUUCCCUCUGGACAGAACUCGAAAGACUGCACAGAAGAUGGCUCUGGCUUUUGGACUCUGACUUACCCGGGGAUUUCAGAAUGGUCGGUGAAUGGCUGGCCAGAGCUGAAUAUCUUUUAUACUUUGACGAAAUACCUACAAGCCUUGACGAAAGAACGGCAGCUAUCAUCAGCGAAAAACUAGAGGAACAUAGCUCAUUUUUCGCCAGUCUUCCUGAAGUUAUUGAUAGGUUUGAAGCGGCGUUAAGAUCCCCUGACGCUUCAAGAAUCCCUGGGGAGAGGCUUCAAGAAAUGAAGGAGCGCUUAGAGACUGUGAGUCGAAGAGCUCCACAGAGAAAAGCUAGAUUAAAAUAUUUAGAACACAAAUGCUGCAUAGUAGCUUUCACAGAACUCACCAAGGCUAAACUAGCCACGUGGACCGGUAAAUACGGCCGCAUUGACCACGUUCGUGCCUUAUUAGAUGAUUAUGAUAAUUUUGUGACUAAGAAUAAGAUUUUCCAAGAGUUUGAUAGAGCGUAUGUUGAUAUAAAAGAAGUAGCGGAAGAGUACAAGAGAGUGUGUCAAGUAGAUAGGACUGAAGCUAAAGAAAUUGAUGCGUUUUUGAGAGAAGUAUCAGAAACGUGGCGAAGGGUGGCCUCGGACGUGAGGUGCGCCCGAAGCGUACUCGAAGAAGUAAUAGCUCAUUGGGAUAGGUGGAAUACUUUGGCUGAUGACUUUACAAGUUGGUUGGACAAGGCGCAGCACAUGCUGCGCGUUUCUGAAGACGAAAGAUUGGAAUUCUUCCACGACCUUACCGUGUGGAAGGAGAAGCACCAACUGCUCGGUGACGCUGCCGGAUUCCUGGCUGCAACGUCAUCUGAUGACAUCGCGUCAGAAGUCAAGCGGAAAUACAUCGAAAUCACCGAACGAUGGGAGCGAGUAUGGGAAGAAGCCGAGAGGUACGUCCGCGGCGGCGACGCCCUGCGCCACCGGCGCGAGCUGGCGGCGGGCGCGGCCGCGCUGGACGCGUGGCUGCUCGCCGCCGACUCGCUGCUGGCGCGCCAGCCUCGCGCCGCCACGCACGACAUCCAGGCCUACAUCGACCAGCUGCUGCAGCUCAACAGCGAGAUUGAGCAGCACGAGGAACUCUUUAAGACCAUAAGCAGGACCUUCCAAAACGCAAUCGCUGAGCUACCCCGCGACGAGGUAGAAGCCAACAUGGCGAAGCUAAAGCAGCAGAAAGAAGCGUUAGUGCGAGUGCGCGCCACCGUACCCGUCAAGUUGCAUCAGUACAGACAGUUACUUGUCCAGCACGAGUCACUCGAGACCGGCCAGAGGGAGAUCGGCCAAUGGCUGGACAAAGCGGAGGAGGCGCUGUCCACAACACACCAGACUAGACGUGAAAUCAUAGAGGAGCAGUAUGAGAUCCACCGCUCCUUCUUCUCGAGGACAACGUACUACCGCUCCAUGCUCGAGAGCAAGAACAAGGUCUUCCAGAACAUCGUGAAGUCGGCUGACGCGGACCGCAGCGCUGACGUCACGGAGCAAGUGCGCCUCAUGCGGGACCUCAAUGAUAGAUUUGCGCACGUGUCCUCGGAAGCAACACGCCGCGAGGCGGAGCUGCAGCGACUCGCUCGCGCUUGGGAAGAGUUUGAGAUCAAGAAACGUUCCGUGGAGGAAUGGGCGUCCCGCGCGGAAGCCCUGUUGGCUGACAACCGAGUUGACUCCAAGCAGGCCGUGGACUUCCACAAGAGAUUCUUCCAGGGAGCCGAUGAAAGGGCCGUGUCUGAGCUCGUUCGCUCUGGACGAGAGCUUAUCGAGCUGGUCAGCGAAGAAGAGCGUCCGCAAGUAGUCGGCACAGUGGAGACAUUGCAGCGGCGCUGGCGCGAGCUGCUGGCGCGCGCGCCGCCGCACCUCAUGCGCCUCGAGUUCCGCCUCGACGAGGCCGUGUUCGCGCACUGCAUCAAGGACAUCGAGAAGGAGAUCGUCUACGAGGAGCAGGCAUACAACCAAAGCGACGAUGCAGAUGGCAUUCUCAUCAGAAACGAGGAAUACUUCCGCAGCCAAGGCAAGGUCAUGCAAGUGGAACAUUGCCUCCAGAACCUGAAAAAGAUUGCCACCAGUUACACCCAACAGACGAAUGAUACCUCCCUUGAAGAAGCCUUGAGGAGGUGUGAACAGCAAUGGGAGAGCACCGUCCACAGAGUGGAGCACUUCCGACAGCAGCUACAGAGGAUCCCGGCCAAGUGGGACGCCUAUAGAGAGAAGUUCCGUGAAAUGGAAAGGUGGAUGGACCAUGUGGACAAGACUAUGGAUAGCAUUGUCAGGGAAGUUGACUCCGCUGAAGCGUUUGAACGAGAGAAGACUAUAUUCCAGAACAUUUGCCGUGAAGCAGACAGGAAGCGUGAAGACAUGAAGUGGCUUGUUCAGACACUGGAUAUGCUAACUAACCAUUGCUCUGAGCUCGAGGCUCAGGAAGAACAAGUCAAACUUGAAAACCUCAUUGCACGAUACAAAAAUCUCAUCCCAACUAUUGAGAUCACAAUGAUCAAGACUGAGACCUACACGAGAUGUUACACUUAUCGCCGUGAGGUUCAUGAAGUGAUCUGUAUUCUUGAAAGUGCGAAAGAACAAGCCAUGAUAGAACCAGAACCACAGUCCUUGCAACACGUGGAACAGUUGGUUAUGGAACAGCAAUCGGCUGUACAGAAGCUCGACCGCCAGCGACCUUCUGUCAUGUCAAUGCUGCAGCGUGGUAAGGAAUUGAUCAAGGAUGCGAAUGCACCUGCUUUCGUAAGAGAAGACGUAAGAAAUCUCGAGACCGGUUGGAACGCUGCUUACGAGACAUCUAAUGACCGCCUCCAUAAGCUGCGCGAUACGCAAAAGGUAUGGUCCAACUACGAGUACCAGAAGGAAGAAUUACUGUCUGAUCUUGAUAGGAUAGAAAAUUAUGUCGCUCACCCUGGUUUGGAAUUAGGUGUCACAAACAUUGCCCGUGAGCUUCAAGAAACAAAGACAUUUAAUGCUGAUAUAGAAAGAGCCAAAUCUGAAAAGCUGCCGCAGUUGCAGCAUGCUUACGCUCAAUUGCAGUCGCUGACUGCUAACAAACCCAAGCCUGUCAUUGAGAAAGACCUCGCAGCAAUUGGAAUGAAACUAGACAGAGUGCAAGAUGAAGUUCAAACUAAAGUCGUACAUUUAGAGAAGUUCAACGAAGAAUGGGUAAAGAUUGAACAUAAAUUAGAUCAUGUUCGUGAAUGGAUAAAGAAAGAAAGCCCAGUACUAAUUUCUCAUAUUAGAUCUGAAAACAUUACUCCUGAAGAACGAGUUUUAAAGUCACAAGCAUUGCAGAAAGUAAUUGCUGAAAAACUUGACAUCAUUAAGGAGGUCGCAGAUCAAGGAACUAAACUAGCUGUAGAACACAAAGUCCAGGACGCAAACAGGCUAAAAGGGGAAGUUGCCUUGUUAGAGAAAAUGAUGGCUGAUCUUCAGCGUUCAACAGAACAUACAACCAAAGUUGUAGAACAUGAUUUAGCAAGCUGGCAAAAGUAUCAAAAAGGAGUAGUUGAGAUUAAACCAUGGAUUGAAGAAGCUGAAGCCAAACUAGGCAGUGUACCUAAACCUUCAACACUAGCUGAGGCGCAGCAAAUGCAACAACAAUCUAAAGCAUUGCUAACUGAUUGUGACAAACAGUUGAUGAACCUUCAGAUUCUUUCAAGCGUGAGCCAUCAAUUGUCUGGUAAAACAAGUGCUCCCGACGAAGUCGACGCUAUUCACUCAAGAUGGGCAGUAAUUCACGACCAAGCAGAUCAAUGGAACAACAAAUUAGACAAAUUGGUCACUAACUGGGAGAACUUUGAACGUGAGGCACAGAAAUUAGAAGCAUGGAUAGAGAAUGGAGAAAAACUCAUAAGUAGUCGAAGUGUUAGUAUGGAUUCUCCACAAGUUGAAAAAUUGGACCGUGAAUUGAACAAACUAAAGUCGUUUGGCAAUGAAAUUUCGCAACAGCAAGCUAAAAUUAUAAGCUUGUCUCAGACUUGUGACAAUAUAUGUCAUAGCAUACAACCUGAAGGAGCGACUUUAUUAAAAAAUAAUGUAGCAAGUAUUAAAGAACGCACAAACGAUUUGGCCGAAACAGUUCGAGGUCGAGUGAAUGAGCUAUCAGAUAAAAUAAUUGUCCGUCAGGAAUUCAUGACUAAAUUACAUACAUUUGAUAACUGGAUUACUGAUUUUAGGAGAAAGACUGAAAGCUAUGAUCAAAUAGCUGCGGACAAAGUAGAACCUGCACUGCAAUCUAUGCACGUCCUGCUCCAAGAACAUGCAGCAAAAGCUCCAGAAUUUACGGAUAUUUACAACGAAAUCAAAAAUAUGACGCUCUCGUCACAUCCUGAUGAAUCGCGUGCUUUGAGCGAAACCUACUCUAACAUCGCAGAGCAUUACCAAAUUAUUGAAAAUAAUAUUCAACAAAACAAGGGCGUAUUACAGAAAUGGUCAGACCUCUUGAACUGGUACGAAGACAACAAGCAACAAUUAGGGCAUAUUCAGUAUCAAAUAGACGGUCCAAAACUCACACCUGAGAGCUACGAAAUAUUACGCCAAGAAUUAGUCAACGUGAUAACUAAGAUACCUGAAUGGAAGAGCAACGUUGCUCUAUUAGAUGGACCUUCACGUGUCAAGGUUACCGACCAAAAUUCAGGUAGAAUGAUAUCACCAACGAGUCUUGUCAAGGAAAUUGAAAUGAAAGCGGAUGCUCUGCUCAACCAGGUAACGACGAAGAGAGAUUUGGUUCAAAAGGUAGGAGCUAGGUGGGACAAAUUCAAUGUGCAACAUAAUGCGUUAUCAGAAGUAUUACACAAUGUCCAAUCAGUCUUGAAUGAAAUGGCUCAAAAACUUGUACCUCUGACUGAAGCAUCAAUUCAAGAUAUGACUGAAGAACUUGACAAGUUAGAUGCAGAACUUAGGGAUAAACAAUCAGUACGAAAAGAACUAAGAGAAGAAGGCCUACAUUUGAUGAGGGAAGAUCAACCAAAUAUGGGCACUAUUCAAAAUGCCUUGGCGGCUGCUGACAAUAACUGGGACCAGAUUGUAAAUUCAGUGCGCGAUACAAAGAACAAGUAUAUACUUCUUUCAUCUACCUUACAAGAGUUGAAAAACUUUACUGUCGCUUUUGACCGGGAAAUGACAAGAGCAGAUCAACUUUACAGUGAAUGCAAAGAUGCUCCUCAUGAUUAUGUGCAAACAGCCCAUGCUUUGGACAAAGCUAAAAAAGCGUAUGAAAUUCUUAAGCGAUCCAAAGGAUUAUUGGAUCAAAUGGACCUCAUUAAGCAAUCAAUUCUUAAGCAAGCUUCUACUUUAGGUGGUUUUGAUACAAGUCCUUUAGAAGAAGCUUUCCUAAACUCUCAAACUCAAUGGGAGAAAGCGAAUGACGCUAUCAUUAAGCGCAUCCAAGACUUAGAGUCUCAACUCAUUGUAUGGAGGCAAAUUGACGAUACGAAGAACCAAGUUGUUACUUGGUUAAGUGAAACUGGUCAGAAUUUAGCUAAUGCUAGUGAUAACUUAGAAAUAAGGUUUGGACACAGCCAUUUGACCAAGUACAAAGAAGACCUUCCAAUAUAUGCUGGCUUGAAAAACAGCAUUAAAGCCAAAUGUGAACAGAUAACCAAUCUCAAUAAAAACAUUCCUGUCAGCCAAGUUUCAUCUAUAGUUGAGUAUUUGGAUAAUGAGUUUGAAGCUUUACAAUCAUUAGCUGAUAACCUUGAAACUGCUGUGUCAUCCUUGGAAACUAAAGAAAAUAAAUUAAAAGAUAGUAUAAAGCGAUUGUCAGACAGCGUAAGUAAAAUAAGAGAUGACAUCAUUCAAUGCGAUGAUAUGACAGGCGAUAACGCGAAGAUCUUGGAUCGUCUUAAGAAAUGUCAGUCAUGCAAAGCUAAAUUACAAGAGUUAAACGAUGAGAUUGAUAAUGUAGCACAAAACGUCUCAGAAAUGAACGCAAAUUAUCCUGGGUUCUACGAAUCUCUAGUUCCUAAAGAAUUAAGCGGACUACAAAAACGAUUUGAAAGCGUUGUAGUACAUGCUAACAAAACUGAAACAACGCUACUAACGUUUUUGCAAAAGCUCUUUACUGACAAGCUGAGUAUGUUCAAUAGAAAUCUGAAAAUCUUAGAUGAUAAAACUAGAUGGUGUAUGCCCGAUGCUGCAAGUGAUAAAUACAAUUUAGAAGUUAAGAACGCAGCACUAGCUGAUGUUGAAAACGGACUAGUUGAAUGUGUCGCGAAGGUUAAAGAAUUAAAAGAAGCCUGUGACAUAUUACACGUUGUUGCCGAACCAGCUUGCGCUGAAGAAGCCGCACAGCAAACAGAAAAAGCGAAAAAGAAUCUAGAUGUGCUGACCUCAAAUUAUGAACAAAUUAAGAGCAAACUGAAAGAGAAUAUUGGAGCUUGGCAAGAUUAUGAAACGUUAUUGGAAAACGUCUCAGAAUGGCUUAAAGAAAGAGAAAACAGGGUCAGACAAGAAGCAGCUAAUCUGCUUACUCUCGAUGAAAUAGACAGCAAAAUAACUGAUAUUACAGCAUUAAAUAAAGAAAUUAAAGACUAUGGUGAACAAGUCGACAAACUAACAGUUAUAGGUGAAAAUAUCAUCGCUCAAAAUACAGACUCACGUGUUUUGCAAUAUAUAAAUCAUUUAGUUACCAGAUAUCAAACGGUUUCUAAAUUUAUGGACAACCACCUGGCCAGGCUAAAAGAUUUGAAAGAGAAUAAAGGUAUAUACAAUAAGUCAAUUGCAGAAUUUAAAAAUUGGCUUCAAGAUGCAAAUGCAAAGAUUAAGGACCUAUCAGCAAUGAGCAAACAUGCUAAACCGACUCCGAACGAUCUAGAACAAGUAAAGAAAUUAAACGACAACAAAGAAAUUGGCCAAAAACUUUUGAAUAAUGCUAUUGAAUCUGGGGAAGCAUUAUUUAGUGGUAUAACACCUGAGGAUCGAGAAGCAGUUAGGAAUGAACUCAGAUCUUUAAGAGACUACUUUGAAGAUUCAGUCGAUUCUCUUAAUAACGUCAUUAAAGAUAUUGAGACUACAAUCAACAAACGUUCUUCAUUCGAUGAUACGUUCAACCAAGUUCAAAAAUGGAUUAGUGAUAAAGAGAAGGAGUUAGGUGAGUUCAAACUGGGAGCUACCUUACCUGAAAAGAAGGCUCAGCUACAUGCCAAUAAAAUAUUACAUCAAGAGGUAGAGUUACAUCAAUCAAUGUUGACACAACUGACAGAAAAAAUAAAACUUAUGCCUGACGAUGAAGCUGAAAAAAGUUUAUCUAAGACCAUUGACAGGUACCAAAACAUGGCUAAAGAGCUCCAAAAUCGGAUUAACAUCUGUGAAUCACAUGUCGCUGAACACGAAAAAUAUGUUCAAAUGUUUGAAGACACCCGUGAUCGCCUCAAUCAUAUAGUAGCUGAAAACAGCAUGCUAAACUAUGGCGUGGUUUCACAAAAAGAUGACGUCGAUUCAAAAAUCGCUGCUAUAGAAAAGGUUACAUCCAAAGCACAACAUAUUGAAAAUGAUUUAGAUGGCUUAAAAUCUCAUUUAACUUCCCUUUUAAAGUCCACAAGUUCAAAUGGACAUCCAAUUCUCAUAAGCGAAUACGAACAGCUUAGUGCGACAUGGAAUCAGUUUUCUUCUCAAUGCAAAGCCCAAGACGAAAAACUUAAAGAAACAUUAAAACAAUGGAAUGAAAGUCAAAAAACCUUAGACGAACUGGAAGAAUGGCUUAAAAUCAAAGAAAAUCAACUGAGAGAUCAAAGCUUAAAGAGUACACUAGAAGCGAAGAUUGCUCAUUUACAAAAGGUUAAAGAAAUGCAGACUGAGUUAGCUUCACGAAGUGGAGAAUUUUCCGCUUUGGCAAGAUCUAGCAGCACACAAAAUGUUGCCAGCGAAACUGAUAUUUCGACAAAAACAUCAAAACUGGCUACAAGAUACCAUACUCUAAACAAUCUUGUUAGUGAAACUAUAUCUAAGUACGAGGUGUUUGUGUCUGAGCAUAAAGAAUUCGAAAACGAUUACAAUGACAUCGAAAGCUGGCUAAUGGGUAUGCUUGGUGAGCUACAGGAUCUUAAUGAAAUUGUUGGUGAUUAUGCUGUUCUGCAAGAUAAACAGAACAAAGCUAAAGAGCUGUAUGAAACAAGAAAUAAGAAGACACCGGCUUUUGAAGAAUUCUUGGGCUUAGGAGAGAAACUUUACACACAUACCAGCCCAGACGGCAGGGAAGUCAUUCGUCAAAAGAUUCGUAAAAUCAGAACUCUAUGGGAUAGUUUUGGCGAUAGCUUCCAAGAAACUGUCAAUAAACUAGACCAGUGCCUAUUACAAUUUUCUGAUUUCUCGCUAGCACAGGAACAACUUACGAAGUGGUUAAAAGACGUUGAGAAAGCAAUGCAGCGUCAUACAGAGUUAAAGGCAUCAUUGGAAGAGAAGAAAGCACAACUGCAAAACCAUAAAAUAAUGCACCAGGAAAUCAUGUCUCAUCAACAACUUGUCGAGUCUGUUUGUGACAAAGCACAACAAUUGGUUGACCAGACACAUGAUGCAUCACUUAAUGUCUAUUUGCAGUCCAUUAAACAAUUAUUCCAAAACAUUGUUACUAAAUCUCAAAAUCUCCAAGACAACUUAGAAGAUUGUGUCAAGCGACAUGAGGACUUAGUAUGUUUGAUUCAGCAAUAUAAAGAAUGGUUUGGAUCUCAAUCAGAAAAGUUACUUGACAUCGAAAAUGCAGCUGGAGAGAAGCCAGAAAUUGUACGCAAAUUGCAAUCAGCAGUAGCUUUGAAGGACAUUGAGAAGAUAGGUUCGAAGAAGCUUGAUGAAAUACGAACUAUAUUUUCAUCUGUCAGCAAGAGCACGUCAGAACCGGGCAACGCAGCCAUCAAAGCUGAAAUCGAUAACUUACAUGACCAGUUACGCAAUGCGGUUGAAGGCAUCGUAUCGUCGGAACAGAAGUUGAAACAUACCUUAGAAAUAUGGAAUAAGUUUGAUUCGACGAUUGAAUCCAUUACAGAAUGGCUUAAGGACAAAGAAUCUAAGUGUCGCGAUCAAAGUUUAUGUUCAACUUUACAAGAAAAAGAAGCCCAGCUUCAAAGAUACGUUGAUCUUCGCAACAGUAUUAACUCUAAAGAAAAGGAGAUUGAUACAUUUGUAGAUGACUCGCACAGUUUGAUACAAUUAAGUGGCGUCGAACGUCUUAAACCUUUGGUCACGCAAGUUAGCAGCCGUUAUCAACAACUGCACGUUAUUUCUAAAGAAAUCGUCAAUCACUGGAGUGAAUUAGUCGCAGAUCAUAAGAAGUAUGUGCAACUACAUAAUGAAUUUGACAGUUGGCUUAGACCUUUAGAGGAACAAGUUUCUCAAAUGGUAGCCAAAGAAGAUAAACUAACUAUUGAAAGUAGGGGUAAUAAACUACAAGUGUUCUUGUUGGAAAGAGAUAAUGGAGAACAUAAAAUUAGUAUUCUUACUAGUGCUGGUGACAAGGUACUGCCAGAAACUGCUGCGAAUGGCAGAGAGAACAUCCGUGUUGAAAUCAGAACACUUAGGGAACGAUGGGACAAACUAAACGAUUCAAUUCUCCAGCAACAAAAGGAAUACGAAUCCCAAACACUUCAAUGGUCAAGUUAUCAAGAUGUAUUACAGCAGACGUUGUCUUGGCUCGAUGAGAAAGAAAAAAAUGUGGACACGGAAGAAAAAACAGUGCUCAAUUCUGCUCAAGAAAUAAAAUCGAAGCUUUUGAAAAAUAAGACAUUACUUCAAGAAAUUUAUUCUCACAAGAGAGUAAUUGAGACAGUAACAGAAAAAGCAAAGAGUGUGGCUGCUUCAUUGCACUCCGGGCGAGGUGAAAACGAUGAAAUGGCUAGCAUCAUAAAGUCCGUGUGGGAUCGCUACAAUGCCUUGACAAGCAGACUGUCAGGAAUUAUUGAUAAACAUGAAAGCAACUUUGAGAUAUACCAACAGUUUACGGAUCAGCAAAAGUCACUACAAGACUAUCAAAAGCAUCUGUGGGAUCGUCUGCAUCUGCUAUCAGAUUUUACUGGAAACAAAGCAGCGUUACAAAGCAAAUUAGCCAAAAUACAAGAACUACUGGAUGCUGUUCCAACUGGCAACAAUAAAUUGAAAAUACUGCAAGACUUGAUUGAAAACAAUGGUGCCAAAUUAUCGCCUAGAGGAAAAGAAGGAAUGUCCAGAGAACUGGCAUUACUUAGGGCUGACUUAGAAAAGUUCACAGCCACUGUCCAUGAUGUGAAGCGAGGUAUUGAAGAUAAGAUUGAGCAAUGGGUCGAGUUUGAUAGUGCCAAUGAUCGCCUUCAACAUUGGCUUACCGACACGGAGAUGAGUCUCAAGACGUACUCUCCCAAAGCAACUUUAGAAGAGAAAGUGGAUCAGCUCAGUAAAUACCAGGACUUAUGUAAAGCGAUUGAUAACCAUGAAACUGAUUUGAGCGCAGUUGCUUCGUUGGGUGAAGCGUUGGACCAAGUUAUUUUAGCAAAUCUAAAGAAAACAGAAAACGAUGUUGACAAGCUAUCUGACGAGUUUAGUGAUUUAAUAGAAAACUGCAAUGAUACAAGAAUAACUAUGAACUUGCAACAAAUGACAUCACGAUUCCAAUCAGUGCAAUCAACGGCGAAAGAAUUGGUUAAGAAAUGCGAACAAGCCGUUAACGACCAUAACGCUUAUCAAGAAAAGUAUAACCAAUGCACGGAUUGGAUAAAAACAGCACAAUAUUCAUUUGAAGAGUGUAACAAAACUCUAUCUAACACUCCUGAAGGUAUCAAAGCCAAACGCGAAAGCCUAAACGACUUAUUGAGCCAACGUCGCAAUGCUACCCUACUAGUCAAUAACACCUUUGAGUUGGGAGAGAAACUGUAUCCUUCCACUUCACCAGAGGGCAAAGAAUUAAUAGAACAGCAGCUUCAAGACAUCCAACAGGCUAUUGAUAAUUUAUAUGACAGCAUUACAAAGGCGGAGCGUGAUUUAGAUUCUGAGUUAAACAAGUGGUCAUCGUUUGAAGACAAUCUGAAAACUGUGCAACAAUGGCUCAGUGCCGCUGAGAAAAAUCUACCAAAAGAAAUUGAACUCAAAGCUACGUUAGACGAGAAAAGAAAUCAACUUAACGUAUACAGGACAUGUCUUCAAGAUGCUAUCGCACAUCAGCAAGAUAUUGCAAACUUAGAAGCAAGGGCACAGAGUCUGCCCGACGUAACUAAAGACAUUACAAAAGAAAUAAGUAUGCUUCAACAACGGCAUAACGCUAUUCUUGCCAGAGCAAAGUCUUUUGUCGAGCAGUAUGAAGCUAUUGUAAACAAUCAUCAGCAAUAUACUAAAGCGGUAAUGGAUUUGCAAGAAUGGGUAGAAGCUACCCACAAUACCGUCCAGCUUUGGGGUGAUGUCAAUCUUGAACGCGUUGCUUUGAGCAGCAAUUGCGAGAAGCUCAAAUCUUUGCAGCAUACUUUACCUGAAGAGAAAAACCGUAUAGAUAAAAUACGCAGCCUAGGUGAAAAAGUGUUACCCGGAACCAUAAGCCAUGGUCAGGCGAAUAUAAGAAAUCAAAUUGACGCUUCUCACCAAGAAUGGGAAGGUCUUGUGUCUUUCAUUUCAAAAACAAUCGAGGCUUUGGAGAAUAAGAUACAACAAUGGAAUGAAUAUGAAAACAUGAAAGACCAGUGCUUGGCCUGGAUAAGAAAUACAGAUACGCAAAUUCACGCUGUAGAUCUCAAGGCAACGUUAGCCGAGAAACAAGACCAAUUCAAGAAAUUCCAAGAGUUGCAAGGAGAGGUGAGGGCUAAAGAACUAGAAAUCGACAAUAUCACAGAAAAAGCACAGAACCUUUACACUGGUGUGCUAGGUCCUCGUGGUUCACAAAUAUCAGACUUGUCUGUGAAAUAUCAAGCGUUAUCUCAGAAGGUGAAAGAUCUAACAAACAGGUGGCAGCAAUACGUCAAAACUCACCAAGAAUUUACCAGCAACGUCACAGAAUGCUCUCAAUGGAUUGAAGAAUUAAGAGACAAGUUGGACUUCUGUGCUGACUUGAGCUCUUGCUCUCAGGAUGAUUUAGAAACCAAGUUAGUAUUAAUUCAAAACCUUCUACUUGCCAAGGACGAAGGUUUCACUAAAGUUCAGUCCCUGGUUGAACUUGCUCAAAAUGUUAUGGCGAAUACGGCACCUUCUGGACAUGAUGCUAUCAACAACUCUCUCGUGGCUUUGCAAGAACAAUGGUCAGCUCUUUUGUCUAGAAUGAUAGAGACUAAGAACCUACUCGACGAUUCGGUCACAAAAUGGGCUGGAUUCUUAGAACAAAUACAACUCAUAGAAAAAAGCAACACAUGGAUGGAAAACAUGCUAGCAGAGUUAACACCAUACGAAUCUUCUAUGUCUGACAAGAGAGCUCAACUUGAAAAACUUAAAGAAGUUGAAGAAAAAGCAAGAUGCGAUCGCCUUGAAGUCGAUACUUUGAAAGCAAAGGCAGCCGAAAUGCUGGCAAGCGGUCAGCAAAAUCAAGUAGCGUCUAAAGCUCAAGAAUCACUUAACAAGUUUGACACUUUGUAUGAUAAAAUCAAGAAACUGUUAGCAGAUAGAGAAGAACACUAUAAAGAUCAUAGGUUGUAUAAGGAAGCCCAUGAUGAGCUGAUCCAGUGGCUGAGUAGAGCAAGAGAAAAAGUGCCAUCAUUGAAAACUAAGCCUUUAAGUGAUAAAUUAGCGAUUGAGAAUUCGGUUGCCCCUCUGGAUGCUUUGAUUAAUAAACAAGCUCAAGGGGAGCUACUGUUGGAACAUUUACAACACACAGGUGAAGUAUUGUUAGCAAGCACUUCUCCUGAAGGACAAAUUAUAAUCAAAAAUGAAAUGAAAGCAUUGAAAGAAAGCUUCGAUGACUUAUUCAAUGAAAUUAAGCGACAAAAGAGUCAACUGGAAGAUACUGUGAAUCAGUGGCGUGAAUACAAAGACGAAUAUGAGAGAUUGUCUGAUUGGUUGCAGCAGAAGGAAAUCCACAUCAAGAACCACAAACUUGCUCUGCUAGGCACAGCCAAAGAAAAGGGCGCCCAAGUGAAUGAAGUGAAAUCGAUUGUGGAUCAGCUGAACAAGGGUAAAGCUGAGAUCGAUAAAUUUAAUGCUUCUGCUGCAGGCUUACUAUCAUCGCAUUUAGAUACGUAUGUUAAUAAUCAAUUGAGACAUCUUAACUCGAGAUACCAAGUAUUAGUGAACAUGGCAAAUGAUGUGCUCAAGAAAGUUGAAACUAACUAUGAACAACAUCAGAACUAUGACGAUAAUUAUGUCAAGACCAAAAAAUGGAUUGAUGAUGCUUGGGAGAUCACACGAAGCGGGAGUGACACUGGUAGCAACAGCAGUAAAGACGCUCUGCAAAAACGCUUAGAACAAAUUGAAGAUCUGUUAAAACGAAGAGAAGAAGGUCAAAAUUUAGUACAUGCAACUGUAAACAGCGGAGAAAAGGUGUUACGUAACACAAGAUCCGAUGGUAAAGACAAGAUCAAUACACAAUUAAAAGAACUUCAAAAUGAAUGGGACCGUCUUGUUAAGAAAAUGACUACAGCUAAAGUUCACCUGGAAACUGCAAUGCUCCAAUGGGCUGACUACAGUUCCAGCUAUUCUCAACUGCAGCAAUGGAUUUCCGACAGGGAAGCUAAAUUACAAGAAGUGUGUGAGCAAAAAGUCGCCAAGUCCAAGAAAGGCCAAGACCGUCUUGCAGGUCUUACGGCUGGGCUUAGUAUCGGUGAAAGAAAAGCCACGCUUCGUCAAACAAACAAUAUUGUUCAAGAUAUUGUUUCGUUUGAACCUAUGAUUCAGUCCGUAACUUCUAAGGCUUCAGAACUUAUGCAACAGGCUCCGGCGUCUGAGAUAACCAGCAAGUAUGAAACGCUUACCAAACAAGCUAAAGACUUAUAUGAAAAACAGAAAGAAACUGUCGAACAACAUCAAGCUUUUAUCGAUGCUGGUACAGACUUUGUCCAAUGGAUUAGAGCUGCCAAGGAAAGGUUAGGAAAGUGUUCGGAUGCUACCGGAGAUAAGGAAUCAUUAAGCAGCAAGAUAUCGCAACUAAAAGUAUUGGAAAGCGAGCUGCCUGAAGGCCAGGCAAAACUGCAGAAAGCUCUAGAGCAGGGUGAGAUAUCUUGUGGGCUAGCUGACGAUGAAGACAGAGAGGAAAUAGAAGAAGAAGUGGCGCUAAUGCAGGAAGAAUACGAUACAUAUGUUGAACAUCUAAAUAACACCAAAGCUUUAAUAGAAGGAGGUAUUGUAAAAUGGACCGAAUACGAAGAGCAGUACAAGGAAGCCUUAGACUGGUUGUCAAAGACUGAGAAAUUAGUACAAUCGUUCAAUAAACUGCAGAACAGCCUGGAACAGAAGAAAGUUGUUCUUGAAGAGUUCCAGGGGCACCUUCAAACAUUAUUCGAUUGGCAAAUUGAUUUGGAUAAGCUGAAUGUGCGAGCUCAAACCCUGCUGGAGACGUGUUCAGACACUAGGGUGUCCAAUGGCAUCACUCAACUUACCACCAAGUACAACGCUUUGCUAUCACUUGCAAAGGAAGUGAUGAAGCGUCUUGAAGUACAUUACCAGGAACAUCAACAACAUAAUGCUCUUUAUGGUGAAUGUCAAGAUUGGCUGGACAGAACCAGAGAAAAACUCAACCAAUGCGCUGAAAUACCGCACACGUUGAGUGAGGUUAACAGCAAACUUAACACUGUAAAACUUUUACGCCAGUCUCUGGAACAGGGUCAAAACAAGCUGAGGUAUCUUCUUGAGUUAAAGGAGAAAGUAACUAUGAACACCGAACAGGCCGGUGCAGCCAAGAUUCAAGAAGAUACUGACAAUUUGAAACAAGAAUUUGAUAAACUUAUCAACGAUCUUCAAGAUGUGAGGAACAAGUUGACAAGCAGAGCUGCCCAGUUUGAUGAUAUAUCUAAGAUUCACAAGUUGCUAAUAGAAUGGCUAGAUGAUAUUGACCAAAAAAUACAAUCGGAUGACUCACUUCUCAAUGAUUUGUCAGAAAAGAAAGCAAAACUAGAAAAAUUCAAGACUUUCAACCGAGAUAUAGAGUCUCAUAGCGAUCUGGUGAAGAGGUUGAAGGAAAAGCUGCAAGAAGAUGCUUCACUGAAAUCCAAGGAAAUCGACGAUACUUUGAAGCGUUACGAAGAUAUCAAGAAGACAGUUAACGAUAUGAUUUCUAAAUUGGACGACUAUGUCAACUCCCAUAUUCAAUACAAAGAGUCAUACGACAACUUCUACGAUUGGAUACGUAACUGCAAAAUGGAAAUUCAACAAUGCUCUGACUCGCACGGAGAAAAGGAAGAAGUACAGAAGAAACUCCAAAACGUUAACAAAAUCAUCGGAUCCUUACCUAAAGGGGCCGCCCUUCUUAAUAAAGCAAUCGAACUUAGUGAUGCUGUACUGAAAACUACUGGAAAUGAAGGCAAAGAUAACAUUAAUCAGGAAAUUAAACAAUUAAAGAUCGAAUGGGAGAACUUGCAGCAGAUUUGCAAAGACACUAAGAAGUUACUAGAAAAGUGUCUGUCUGCGUGGUCAGAUUACUUGGAGACUUCCGAUAAGAUGAGCAAGUGGGUGAAAGAGUUUGAUGAUAAACUAAAAUCAGUCCAAAAGGUUGAGAAGAUCACGCCAGAACAUCUUGAUAAGUGCCGAGAACUUCUGGCAGAAGCAUUAGGACAUAAACAUGUUUUGGAAGAACUUAACGACAGGUGUGAAAAUCUCAUGGAACUCAGCGCAUGCGCUUGGGUCCGUGACAAAACCGUAAACCUGCAGACUGAGUACACAACUCUGUUGACCAAAAUACAAAGUCUUGUUUCAAAUGGCGAAAAGAACUUGUCAGACCAUACGGAAUUCAUAAAGGCUAAAGAUGAAUUGCAGCAGUGGUUGGAAACUGCACAUGGAACCGUACAUGAUUCUAUUGGUGUUGGUGACAUAGAUACCACGAAAGAUAAAUUGGAAACUGUCAAACUUGUAAAUAACCGUAUGACUGAAGGACAUCAUCUCUUAGUCGUGUUACAGGAAGCAUUCAAGAAAGCGUUGAACAACACCCCACCUGAAGAACAGGAUGGUCUCCGAAAUGACGUCAAAGUCCUACAAGAGAGCUGGGAUCAGUUGAAGAUUGAUUUGAACUCUAUCACGGCUCAGCUUAAGGCUGCUAUUGGCAAAUGGGAGGACUUUGAGGAAACCAAGAACAAAAUGAAUGAAUGGAUUAAUGAAACUCAGCAAAACCUAGAUAAAGUCCCGCCUACAGGCGGUGAGCUUGGUGAAAUGAAGACUUUGCUAGAAAAAUAUAAGCACAUCGAGGAUGAAAUCAGUAACAAGAAGCCCGAACUUGAAAGAUUAAAAGGUGAAGCUGCAGAGCUUAGCAGCUGGGCAAAGAAACCUGCAGCUAAAGAAUCUGUCACCGAGCUAGAGAAAAAGUGCAACGCUUUGAAAGCCAAAUGCGCAGCACGAAAGGCUGAAUUGGAAUCUGAAAUUAAGGACUAUAAUCAGUAUCACCAAUCACUGCAAGACACUGAAAAAUGGUUGCUGCAGAUUUCAUUCCAACUGAUGGCACAUAACUCCUUAUACAUCGCAAAUCGGGAGCAAACAGAGGAGCAGCUAGCCCAACAUGCUGUUUUGUUAGACGACAUCCAAAAGUAUCGCACGACGCUUGACGAUUUAGAAGGCAAGGGACGAGCUCAAAUCGAGCGUUAUGAAGCUAGCACUCCUAAUAUUCGUGAUACGGUUGGGAAACAGUUGAAAAACGUGAAUGACAGUCAUAAGUCUCUGCUCGCGACCGCUUUGCAGAUCGAGCGUCGUCUUAGAGAAGGUCUCGCUAAAUUCAAGGAAUACGAAGACACUUUGGAAAGUAUUCUUAAUAAUUUGGACGAGUGUGAACCAGCCAUUACAGAAUUAGACGUGCCUGUCGACGGAUUAUCCCACGGCCGUGACUUGCUGGACAAAGCUAGGGCUUUGCACAACCGCCUCCAAACGGAGAAGAGCCGGCUGUCUGCGGCCGUGGCCGCUUGCUCGGCAGCGGCGGCGUCCGUCUCGCGGCCCUCGUCGCCCGCCGACUCGGCGCCGCUGCCCAUCCCGCCGCGCGAGCUGCAUGUGCGCGCACGACUCGAAGACCUAAUUGACCAGACUCAAGUGGCCGAUCUAUCCGCGCCGAAUCGUAUCGAUGAAUUACUAAAGAAUGUAGAAGAGCCGGAGUUCGCCGAAAAGCUUGUGGCUUUCGAACAAAAGGUACAAAGCCACCUCGAGACGUUGGGCGAUGCCGUCCAAGGCAUGGAGGAAGCCAUGAAGCAGGUGCUAGAGAUCCAAGAUUGGAUCAAUGUGCACAAGGCGCUGGCCCGCGAUUGGCAGGCUAACCCGUCCAAGCUACGCACCGAAGCUGCCAAACAGGACAUGGCGGCGAUGAACGAUGCACUGGCGUCAUUGAGCGAGAAGAGAAACAGGCUGCUCACUGAAAUACCAACCGAAGGUUUGGAAGAUGAAAUUAAUCUUGAAGAAGAACUAGACGAACUAGAAGAUGCGAUUCUUAAAGCCAUUGCAAGGGAAAAGGACAAUCAGGGCAUUAUCGACGAUUACCGCAACAAAUGCCAAGAAAUCCACGACUGGUUCGACUCGGUGCUUAAGAAAAUGUGCCUCGCAGACAAAGGGUCCGGCCUCCCCUGUCCUCAGAAGUUGAGCGCUUUGAAGGAACUUGCAGCUGAGUUUGAAAAGUCUGGGAAGGAAAAGGUUGAUGGUAUCAAAGCGGUCGGUUCACAAGUUAUCAACAUUGUUAGUAAUCUGGAAAGCCAACAAGUUGAGGAGCAGAUGAAGUCUGUUGAAAGAAGAUACAACGACAUCUCCAAACGCAUACAACGUAAGCUCCAAAUGCUCGAAAUUACAUACAAGGCUAUCGAUGGCACUAAGAGUGAAGUAAACGCUCAAAAUGAUUGGAUGCAAAAGGAGAUUAACAAUAUGCUACAUCCAGAACCAUUGGGAUAUGAAAGUAAAUCUAUUAAAGAAAGACAAAAGAAGGUUGCCAAUUUAUUGAAAGAGGCCGAUGGUAAAAAAACUAUAAUCGAUUCUUUAGAAAAGAAGGUAAGCAACAUUCAAUCCGAUCUGGAACCUUCCGAACAGACACAACUAGAAUCUGAAUUGGCUGAACUGUCUUCCAAGCAAAAGCAACUAGCAACACUUAUUAAACAAGAAAUAGAAAGACUAGGUCCAUGCCACGAAGAAAGAAGAAAACUUGAAAACGACAUAGAAAAAGCUAAAAAUUGGCUUAAGGCUAAACUUGCAGAGAUAAAAAAACUUGGUGGCCCAGUACCACUUGAAACAGCUAAGGUAGAAAAAGAGAUCGCUAUUCAUAAAAAACAUCAAGGUGAGCUGUCUGAUUUCAACAAUGACACACUGAGUGAAGUCAUGCGUCAAGGCAAUGCCGUAUCCAAAGACUGUUCUCCCGAAGAUCGUGCUAAAUUACAAGCAAUUUUAGAUGACUUGAAUAAAUCAUACACAUCUGCUAAGGUAGAUAUUGACGAUAAAUUAGCAGCAUUAAACAAACUUAUGCAUGGUAGAAACGACUUUGAAUCUGAAUUAGCUAAAUGUCAAAGCUGGCUGAAUGAGGCAGAAGUAGCAGCAACUCCUGAACUUAGAACUUCAAGCCUACAACUAUUAGAAGAACAAUUAGCCAAGUUUGAGAAACUUAGUAAAGAAGCAGAAGAUGUUGAAAAGAAUAUUGGAAAGAUCAAGGAUAAAUCUAAGGAUAUUUUGGACACUCUAUCAGACUCGAAUAAAUUACAACUAAAAGAACAAGUAAACGUGUUGUCAGAUCGAUUUGCCAGAAUUAAUGCUAUAAUUAAUGACAAAAAGAAUAUUCUACACAAACAUAUCAAAGAUUACAAAGAUAUUGCUGCUAAGAUUGCUGCAGCUCUGGAAUUCUUGGCCGAAAUCCAGAAUAAACUUAAAGCUUUAAACAAACCAAUUGGAAGCAAAGUUGAAGAUGUCCAACCAAUUAUCCAGGCUUAUGAGUCAAUCUUAGGUGAUCUCAAAAAGAACAAAGCAAUGUUGAAUGAGUUACAAGGGGGUAAUCUACACGACUUACAGGAUAUUUUAACUCAACAAGAUGAUUUGAUGGGCACUAUUGAAGAUCAAAUAUCAAAACUGAAAGUACUUUUACUGUUACGAGAACAAUUCUUUGCCCUUAUCAAAGAAAUUAAUGAGUUUAUUGCCAAGUACACUGAUCUCACAUCUGAAAUUGAGAAAUCGAAUGAUUCUUUAGAAGACAAGAUCAAACGAUAUGACGAUAUCAUUGUAAAGAUUCAAGGAUGUGAAGCUUUAUUAGCAACAGCAACUGAUAAAGGUCAACAAAUUGCUGCUGAGGGCACUGUUAUUGAUAGAAAUAAUAUUACAGAACUCUUGCAGUCUCUCAAACAACAGUUGCUAACUUUGAGAAGGAAUGUAGAAUCGAAACGGCAAGAACACGAAAGAGCAGCUGCAGAACACAAGAAACUGGCAUCUGAUCUGUCUGAAAUUUUAGAGUGGCUUCAUGACAACGAAGCCGCUGUGCAUUCACGACCUCUACUUAACAGAGACGUGGCAAGCGUAGACAAAAAACUUGCAGAACACGUCAAUCUUGCAAAGAGUAUUCAAACUUACCUGGACAAACUCACUAAAAUUACUGAUAUGAUCAAAACCGACGAUGGAGUCCCCAGUUCAUUAUUAGAGAUGGUAUCAGAAGCUAACUCUUUGAAAACAUCGUUACCUGCUGAGUUGGCCAACCGUGAGAAAUAUCUUCAAGAUAACAAAAAAUAUAGGCAACAAUAUUUACAAUUGGUCGAGAAACUAAACAUCUGGAUAAACGAAGCAGCUAUUCGUCUAGAUAUGGGCAAAAAUGGCACAGAUUUUGAGAAUAUUGAAUCAGAUUUAGAAGAACACAAGUCAUUCUUUAACGCUUCAGAACCGGAAAUGAAAGACUUAAUAGGAAAACGUAUGCAAGACAUUGUCGACAAAAUCUGGCCGUCGUUGGCGGCGACGGAACAAGAAGAGCUAUCUAAAGAACACCAAAAACACAAUCAACUAUUGAAGAAUACUUUGAACUCUGCUAAGAGUCGACAGGCUCAGUUAGAGCAGGACUUGGAGAUUUGGAAGGACUUCUGUCAGUUGGUGGAUAAAAUCAAGGCAAUGUUGGAUAAGAACGAUAUUAAGGACGAAGCGGUGACAACGGUGGACGCGCUAAGACUUCAUCUUGAAAAGCUGAAUCACGCUAGGAAUGAUCUUGAGAACCAACAGCCGCUCUUGGACGUGGUCCGGGAGCGGGCGCGCGAGCUCUGCUCAGGCGCGGACGCCGCCAGCGGCGAGCGCGUCGAACAGCGCACGCGCGAACUAGCCGACCGGUGGAACGUCUCCUGUGAAGGUCUCGCUAAGCGCGCUGCGACAGCUGAGAACCAGCUCCAACGCUGGAGUCAGCUCUUGGAAGUGCAGAGGAGCUUGGCAGCGGGCAUCACCGCGGCAUCCGACCGGCUGCGCCAGCUCGACUUCAGCCCGAGCACGAGGCGGAAGGCUGUGGACACGAGACAUGCGUUGCAGGAGCUCCAGAGCGAAGUGGCAGGCCUCGAGGACACGAGGGACGAGCUAUUGGAACACGCGGACUUUGUCGUUGCGCUGCUGAAGCCUCACUCAAAGGAGACGGCCGAGGAGACCGACCGAUCCGUCAAGGAGCUCGUAGAUACUUAUGAGAAAUUGCGACAGACUUUAGCGGCGAAGCUCGCCGAAAUCGACGAAGUAGUGUCCGAAUUCGACCGCGUGUCCGAGAAGAUAGACGCCUUCCGACAGCGAAUAGAAGUGUGCAUCGCGAAGGUCAAGACUUUCUACGCGUUCGGAGAAGACAACGAGAGCGGGCUCCGCUCUCUGGCCAAGGAAGUCUCCGAUCUCGCGGAGGCCACGAAGAACUUUACGGACGAGAGCAGAAAACGUUACGGCGGCUCCGCCCCUGCGGACGUUUCGCAGGAGUUGUCCUCUCUCGAGCUGUCUGCGGAAGCUUUGACUGCGGCCAUGGAGGAGAAAGAGCGGGAAUGGAAGCGCGCGCGCACGGCGCGCUCUGAGUACACGGCUGACGUCGAGGACGUCCAGGCCUGGGUCCGCGCCGCGGAGCUCACGGCUCGCGACCGCGCGCUGCCGCCCGAGCCCUACCGCGAGCGCCUGGUGGCCACUCGCGCCGAAGUGCCAAGCGUCACAGACCGUAUGGAGCGGCUGACGCGCAAUGCGCGCGCCAUCGUAGAGGGUUCACGCGACGCCGCCGAGCGGCAGCUGGUAUCGUCGACAGUGAGCGCGCUGGCCGAGCAGCUGGCGGCGGUCACCAGCGAGCUGGAGGCGCGACAGGCGGCGGUCGAGGACGCUUGCGACGCGGUGGCCCGGGUCCUGGCGCUACUCGAGCGCGUCCUGCUCUGGGUCGAGACGCAGCGAGCAUUCCUCGCGCGCCCGCUGCCCCUCGCUGACCUCGCUGAGGCUCAACAAAAACAGACUGAAUAUGGAAAUGCACUCAAGAGUUGUAAGCAGCAAACAAAGAAUUUAGCAGAUAUGACUAAGGAAAUAGAAGCCAUUGAACGCGUCACGAGUUCAGGGGAUUUGCCCGGUAGACUUGAGGCGGCGGAAAAUGCAACCAUAGACGUUGAAAAGCGAUUAGCAAAGACCAAUGGUUUAUUACAAGAACUUGCGGAAGAAUGGGAGAGGUGCGAAAAGAAGCUUAAAGAUGUCGGCCACUGGUUGGAAGCUACGACGCGAGCGCUCGAAGCGCCACAGAAUGCUAAGAAACCCCUGAGGGACCGGCUGGCACUCAGAGAGAAACUUAUAAACGACAUCUCCACACAGAAAACGAAGAUUUCGUACGCCGUUGAGAAACUCAACGUACAUUUCGGGCCGGACGGCGUGGCGGCGCAGUCAGCGGGCCCGGAGGGCGUGACGGAUGCGGCGCGCGCGCUAAACAGCUCCUUGGACGCGCUGGGCGCCAGCACCGGCUCGCAGGCGGCGGCGCUGUCCGCGGCGCUGCAGCAGGUGGAAGCGUACUGCGCCGACGUGGCGCGGCUGCGCGCGCAACUGCUCGACGCCGAGCAGCAGCUGCGGCACGCGGCGCAGCCUAACUACAGUCCACGCGACCCCGAGCGCGCGCAGAGACAACAACAGGAGGUCACCCGGCGUAUCGAUGAGCUGACUCGGGCUAUCUACGGCCUGGACCCGUACUUCGUGAUGCCCCCCGCGACGCCCUCGGACGAGGCGGCGCGCACGCUGGCGGCGCUCGUGGCCACCGCCGACAGCGCCCGCGCGCGGCGCGCACGCUCGCCCGACCGCCGCGCCCGCCCGCUGGCCGUGCCCCAGCCGCCCCGCGGCCGCAGUCCUGCCUGGGUGCUCGGAGGAACCACCUACGCUGAGAUAGUCCGCGGUCAGGGCUCCAGAUCUAGCUCUGUCUGUUCUCAGAGAUACCCGAGCACCCAGAGGCACUAUGAGAUCCUUAAUGUCGAAGAACCCCGCAUCGGUUCCUCCGCAUCUCACGGCGAAUACAGUGAAAUAAGUGCACGGUGUGAACAUACAGAAUACGAUAGUGCUCGGUCCAGUGAGACCUGCGUGUAUGAAUGUGAAAGUGAACCUGUUAGGGUAGAAAUUUGCCGGGACGAAUUUGUACCAUAUAUUGAGGAGGACUUUCAUGUAAAUAAACCUAUGGACUCUAAGGUUCAGGAACCCGUUCAUGUGGCACAGGUUGUGGAAACCGUGGAGGAACUCCCGGUGCCAUCAUUAGAAAUAAUUCGACCUGACUAUCAGGAAAAAGAGCGCAGUCCUGACAGUCGAAGUCGAUCUCAGGAUUUAUCUUAUGCGGAAAUUCUAGCUCUAGGAUUACGUAGACAACCUAAAACACAAACAAUUGUAACUCUUCCGAAACCACAGGUCGCGCAAGUUGAUAUAGCAACGGAAGUUACAAAAGAAGUAGAAACUCGGAUAAACCAAAAAGAACGUACUGAUCAUUUGAAGCUAAAACCAGAGAAGCCAGAGCGAUCGCAACGUAGCCGCUCCAGGGACAUGCCGAGACAAAGGCGAGCUCCCGAAAAAAGGCAGCCUAAGGCUCACGAAACUCAAGUGCAGAAAAAGAAAAAAGUUACUAAAAAAGUAAUAGAAGUUGAUGACUUUGAUGACGCUGAUAACGAAGACAUGCCAACUUUCGUUGAAAUGAAUGUAGAAAAACCAGAUACUUUUAGAAAAGAGGUUACUAAAAAAGUACAACACAGCGCUACUGUUGUGGAAACUGUUACUGAAAUGGUUUUAACAAAAGUUGAUCAAGAAGAACCUAUUGAUAUUGAGCAUAAGAAAACAAAAAAGAAGAAGCCAAAGAAAUACAAGACUAAUGAGGAUGAAAUCGAAAAAGCACUUAAGGAGAUUGAAAGUCUUGAUAAACACAAGAAAAAGAAAAUAAAAGAUAUUCAUGAAAAGACAGAACCUGAGUUUUCAUUUGAAGAUCAAGUUAACAAGGACAAGACAACAAGUCUUGAAAUCCAAGUUUCACCAGAGGGAGCGACAGAAAAGCUAAAAUCUAAGAAAAAUAAGCACAAAGUUAUGGUCACAGAUUUUAUAACUAUAGAAUCACAGGUUAAAGAACCAGAAACACGAAUGCAACAUCAAAAGAUAACUGAAAUGCUAGAAAAUGAUAAAGUAGUUGCUGAGGUUGCAGACGAUACUAACCAGGAAGUCAAGAAUGAACAAGAUAAUAAGAGGCCUAAAAAUAAAAAUAAAAAACCCAAAGAAGAAAAACACAAUGUACAAUCCCAGGAUGUUGACAAUGCUUUGAAUGUUUCGCAUUUGGAUGAUAUAAAAAUUGUAACUGAAAAUAUAACAAAGGAUGAUCGAUUUGAUAUUAGUAAUUUUAAUGAAAGUCAUGCGAAAAGCGAUAAGCCAACUAAAAAGUUGCCCAGUGCAGUAACAUCGACAUCUGAAAUAUCUAGUAACUCGGAAAUAACAUUACUGACAACCGAAACAUCGCUAACACAUGAGUUUCUAGACAGUUCUGAAAUAGAAGGUAAAUUUAUACAGCAAUCUUCCUUUGACAAAACGAUACACAACCAAGGUAUGCCUGAAAAAGUUACUGCCUGCCUGGAAAUUUCCAAAGAGAAAUCUAAGAAAAAGAAAGACAAAAAAGGUAGUACUAAAACUCAAAGUCAAGCUCUAAACUUGAUAGAAACUAAAACUAAAACGGAUUUAGAAACACAUAUUGAAACAAGCAUUCAAGAUAACACCGGAGAAGGGCCAAAUAUCCCUACCCAAAUAGAUGAUCAUUUAUCUCAAAAUGAGACUGUCAAGAACGAAUCUUCUGAAAUUGUAGACGUGUUUCUUGAAAUAGAACAAGUUAAGAAGGAAAGGGGAGUAACGGAACCUGAUAAAAAAAUAUUGAGUCUUAACCGGGAGAGUCCAGAAACAGUUAUUAAUGAAGCUACUCUAAUUCAGCAAGAGGAUACAGAAUCAAAGCUUACGUUAAAUAAAUCGGCCAAGGGUAAAUCCAAGUUUAAGAAGACAAAACAGUUACAUAAUGAUCCAGAAAAAGUUUCCGAAACUGUAGGAAUUUCAGACGAAACUGACAAUACUUCGGAGAAACAAACAGUUCCUAAUUCUAAGUGUAAAAGAUCUAAGCAAUUGGAAAACGAGUCUAAGACCCAAGCUUUAAUAGAAACGGAAGGUAAGCCCAUUAAACAAACUGAUGAAGAACAAUUCGAAGUAGUGAAGAGCCAUAAAAAGAAACCUAAAUCUAAAAAGCCAAAAGUAGUACACGAUGAAAUAGAACGAGCCUUAAAAGAGAUUGAAGAGUCACAGGCAUCAAAGAAGAAAGAAAAGUAUGCGGAAAAAAUACUGAAGAAAAAUCAAUGUUCGGAAUAUUUGUCAGAAUCUCGCAGGACUGAAAGUAAUGUAGAUAUUAUACAUGAAGUAAAAGAAAACCGUAUUACAAUGGACUGGAAUACACUGAUGGCUGAGGAAGAAUCAGUUCCUCUAGAAAUUAUCAAACAACCGGAAACACUAGAAACAACUCAACAGGUAGCCACUGAAGUGACUAUACUUGAAUCUAACGCCAUAUUGAAGGAAGAGUUAAAAAAUAUUUCUAGAGAUAAUAUAUGUGACGUUAGUUCCGAAAGUACUUUUAACGAAACGAAGUUAACCAAAGAUUUGGUUACUACUAAAGUCGACAUUAAAAAUAUAGAACAAGAAACAGCAGCAAGUCUUGCCAGCGAACAAAAUAAUAACGAUAAAAAUUUCAACACAGAAUCCCUUAAAGAUACUGUAAUAGUUGAAGAAACUACUAUCGAACCAGUAAUUGAAGAUGUAAAGACUAGAACUAUAUACCUUAUAACUCACGAAGAAAAGAAACUACCUCCCAUCAGGACAGUCAAAGUAUUUAACAGUAAAAGCAAUUCUUUGGAAGAAUCGGAAAAUAUUAAAGAAUCAACUGCAGGUGCAAUCACUGAUGCAAAGUCUUCCACUUCUCAAGUCAAUUAUGAUAAAAUCACUACUGAAGAGGAGAAAACCGAGAAAGAACGAUUAGUAGAUAAAGACUUCCAUGAUUUACGUAUAAUAAGCAACUAUACACAAGCUACAGUAGAAAAUACUGACAUGCACACUAUUUCUAAAGAGUUAGAUAAGUCUUCCGUAAAAACAUAUGAAGAAACUGAUUCUUCUGUUAUCGAUAUAAGUAGCAGCGGUGAUACUUUGAAAGAUGACUUGCGAAAACCUCGUCUAGAGGAAGCGGAUAAGUCACUAUCUUUCGUUCAUGUACCAGAAUCUUCAGCACAUACAAUUUCAAAAACAGAGGUCAUAACUGUUUCUAAAUUUCAAACUAACGUCAAAAUUGAUAAAAAUAAUAUGGCCGACUACAAAGAGAUACAUAAAGCUGAAACUAUAGUAACGGGCCACGAGAUAACCGAUUCUGAAGUAGCGGCAGAAGAUCAAAAUACAAAUGAGGUCGAAGAAGCCAUAUUUGGUUCGGUAAAAGACCGUAAUAAAAAUGUUAAAAAAGAAUCUCAAAGCUCUUCAAUUCCCUAUGAGGCGCUUGAAGAGAUCAAAACCUAUUCAUUAGAGUUAGAUUUCGAUCAGAUAGAUUAUAAUUAUUAUCAGCAUGUACUUAAAGAACGUGAAGACAAAGAGAAAUUGACUGAAGUUAAUUUAUACAAGAACAUAGUACCGAAAGAAUCACGUAAAUCAGCUGAAGCUACUGAUACUUGUACAGAAGUUCUGCGUCAGCUCAGGGAAGAAACUCCUAAGUAUAGUUAUCAUGAGAUUAAUGCAGCCGAAGCCUUGCUUGCUUCUCUCUCAACUGAAUCAACUUUGCAAACUAUACCAAAUAAAGAAAAUAAGACUGCAAUUGAACCAGAAAAUGAAACAUUAUUGAAUUUACAAAACGGUUGCUGACCUACUGUUUCGACUGGUAAUAACGAACUAACAAGUAUUGAAAACGUAGGUACUCAAGAACCGCAUCGGCAUGCGGAUGCUCUUAAGUACCUUAGUCACGAAGUGCAUCCGCAAAGUUAUCACGAACUUGUAGAUGCGGAAAGUAUAUAUGUUAUGAAUAAAGAAUGUCGUCAAUCUCCGGCUGAGCAGUUAACCUUCGAGGAAUUGCUUAAGCAUACCCCUGACGUUGAGAUUAAUGCAGCCGAAGCCUUGCUUGAUUCUCUCUCAACUGAAUCAACUUUGCAAACUAUACCAAAUAAAGAAAAUAAAACCGCAAUUGAUCCAGAAAAUGAAACAUUAUUGAAUUUACAAACGGUUGCUGAACCUACUGUUUCAACUGGUAAUAACGAACUAACAAGUAUUGCAAACGUAGGUACUAAAGAACCGCAUCGGCAUGCGGAUGCUCUUAAGUACCUUAGUCUUGAAGUGCAUCCGCAAAGUUAUCACGAACUUGUGGAUGCGGAAAGUAUAUAUGUUAUGACUAAAGAAUGUCGUCAAUAUCCGGCUGAGCAGUUAACCUUCGAGGAAUUGCCUAAGCAUACCCCUGAUGUUGAAAUUAAUGCAGACGAAACCUUGCUUGCUUCUCUCUCAACUGAAUCAACUUUGCAAACUAUACCAAAUAAAGAAAAUAAAACCGCAAUUGAACCAGAAAAUGAAACAUUAUUGAAUUUACAAACGGUUGCUGAACCUACUGUUUCAACUGGUAAUAACGAACUAACAGGUAUUGAAAACGUAGGUACUCAAGAACCGUAUCCGCAAAGUUAUCAUGUACCUGUGGAUGCGGAAAUGACUAAAGAAUGUCGUCAAUUUCCGGCUGAGCAGUUAACCUUCGAGGAAUUACCUCAGAAUACCCCUGAUGUUGAAACAUUUGAAAAAUUGAAGAUGUCUGAGACACAAUCUACCAACGUACAAAUUAAAGAAGAUGCCAAAGAACUAACUCCGAGUUUAAUGAAUAUAGUCUGUGAACAAACAAGGCAUAACUACCAUGAAAUUAAAGACGCUGAAUGUUUAUUAGCUAUCACAAACACAGUUGAAGAUAGUCAACAAGUAGGAUCUAAUACUGUGGAAUCUACCGAAAAACAAGAGAAAACAGUUUCAACAAGUGAAGAAGAACUCACCGCAGCAUCUUCAGUAGCAGACAUAUAUAUUGAUGCUGCAAUUAACGAAACAAGUUUAGAGCAUGUCCAAUAUGUGCCCGUGACCAAUGGACUGAAUAAAGUAACCACUGUGACCAACAGUCAAAUAAAUAUUAAUAAAUUACGUAUCCAUGAAUUGCCUAGAUUUAAUUAUCAAGACAUUUAUGACGCGGAAAAAUUAUAUGCGAUUAUAACAAGCCGUUCUCAUGAAGAAAUCACUGGAUCAGACAUAAUUCAAUCGCAGGAACACGUUAAGUCACAGACGUUGGACGAGACAAUCCAAAAUUCGGAUAAAAGAUCUAUAAUAUUAAAACCAGAAAAAGAAAUGAAAGCCGAUCAAAAAAUAAAUGAACUUACCAAUUUGAUUGAAAAUUCUGCCAAAGAUGCAGAACCUAGACCUGCGGGCAGCUUGGGAUUGGUUUUAGAAUCAUUGCGAUAUAGUUAUCAUGAAAUUCAAGAUGCCGAACAGAAACUGGCUGUUCUUAUCACUGAUAAAGAAAACAAAACCUUAGCAAAAAUCAUGGAAGAUGACAGUAGUAUGAAAUGUAUCGAAAGUCAAGCUGAAAUAAUAAAUAAGCAAGAUCUUUUUAGAGACGAUCCGAACGCUGCAGAACCUCAAAGCUGUACUUCUACCAUAUCAGAUCCUACUGAGUCUUGUAUUCCAAAUAAGGAUGCAAAUUAUGAAGAAAAGCAAUUUGACUAUGUAAUACCUGAAGAUGAACUGAAGCAUACCUUAGUUUCUAUGAUAUUUAAGGAUAAAACAUUUGUUGAAAAUAGUAUACAAGCUGCAAAAACGAUACAAGUUGUUGACAUUGAAAAUAAUUCACCCUCUGAUGAAGGUGAUUCUCAUACAUUUAUCGAACGUGAUAAUGACGUUGACACGGGUAAAAAGGGCGAGUCUCGCAUUGCAGAAGAGGAAAUAGAUGAUGAAUCAGGUUUUGUUAUAGUAAGCACCAAAUAUGUGAUCCAAGAAAAGCCUUUAGAUUCAACAAUUAACUUUAUUCAUACCAUUAAUGAACCAGUGUGCACCAGUAUUUCUCAAGUCGGUACGGUUAUAACAUCCGACCUGAGUGAGAAGCCUGCCGAAAAACCAUCGUCAGAACCUACAAUAAUAGAAGAAGCCAAUUUGGAAGUAGUAAAUACACCACCACUCACGUUAAACGAUUCUCGUGAGUUGAUUCAACACGAAAUACAAUCCACCUUCAAUGUUGUAACUAAAACAUGUACUAAAGCUGAUACGCAAUUUGUUACGGACCAAAGUGUUCUCAAAUCUAAAGAUUCAGAUGUUUCUAUUCAAUUAGGACAAAAUAUUAUAUCACCCAUGGAUACUGACAUUGAAACCGUUAUUCCGGAACUAAGUGAUUUCGUUAAUGUGACAAAAUCUAAAACAGCUACUGAACAAAUAGUUUUACCACGUCCAGAUUCCGAAAUUAGUAAACCAGUAUUAAUUAAUGAACCAGUGUGCACCAGUAUUUCUCAAGUCGGUACGGUUAUAACAUCCGACCUGAGUGAGAAGCCUGCCGAAAAACCAUCGUCAGAACCUACAAUAAUAGAAGAAGGCAAUCUGGAAGUAGUAAAUACACCACCAUUCACGUUAAACGAUUCUCGUGAGUUUAUUCAACACGAAAUACAAUCCACCUGCGAUGUUGUAACUAAAACAUGUACUAAAGCUGAUACGCAAUUUGUUACGGACCAAAGUGUUCUCAAAUCUAAAGAUUCAGAUGUUUCUAUUCAAUUAGGACAAAAUAUUAUAUCACCCAUGGAUACUGACAUUGAAACCGUUAUUCCGGAACUAAGUGAUUUCGAUAAUGUGACAAAAUCUAAAACAGCUACUGAACAAAUAGUUUUACCACGUCCAGAUUCCGAAAUUAGAACCGAAGUGAAAUCUCCCAUUCAUAGCUUGCAAGAUUUACUCCCUUCUAUAGAUUCUAUUCCCGAAUUUAAACCUUCAUAUCCCGUUGUAAUUUCAAACUUAUCAGCUGAUGCUCCUGAGUUUACCCCUUCUUACAUGUACAAAUCUAUAGAAUCAUCGUCAGAAAUGAUAAUUCCUUUUGGUAUUGAGCAACAAAAACAAUUUCCGGAAUUACAUGGAACUAAAGACAUUACUUUUAAUCCUGAAACAGAUACUGAAGUGAAAACUUCUUAUUCCACAAUUUUACAAACUAAGAAGGAAAAAGAAUCUCUGUCUGGAAGGGACAUUUCAGACCCUGCCAACAAAACACCUAUGGAAACUCCGAAUGAGACUGAUAAACUAACGGAAGAAGACACGCAAGCUCCAUCUAAACGACACAAAAAGAAGAAAAAGAAGGAAGAUAAGCGAGAAAAAAUCGUAGAACAACCUACGAAUUUUAGUACUGAAUCUGAAGAUGUUGAACCAAAAACUGCCGUUAUUGAGCCGAUAAAUGUUUGGGCUAAAAGUAGUGAAGAUGGCAAAUCAUAUGCUGAAGUAACAGCAGAAGGGUUGAUCGAAAAUAUAGACAGUAAUUUGAAUAAACAACAAGAAUCACAGCUUAUAUACGAAUCUCGUGUGAAACAUGACGUGAAAUCCAGUGCACCUGAGGAAAUUAGAAUUACACCAGACCCACAGAUAGUAGACUCUAAUGAAAGUUCUUGGGCAAAAAUAGUUUCAAUCCAUCAUAAUUCUCCUGAAAGAGUCGAAGAAGUACCGCACAAAGAAACAUUUAAAGGAAUUCCUGUACACAGACCACCACUGAUAUUAGUAGAUGAAAGUAGUUCCGAAUAUAAACCUGAAGCGCCUGUUGAUACAGAAGGUUUUAUCAUUGUUGAGAAAAGGAGCCGCUCUAGGUCUAGAUCAAGAGAUAACAGGUCUCGAUCAAAAUCAAAUGUUACACUUUCGUAUGAAAAACGUGAAAAAUCUGAAAAUAGGUUUCAAGCACUACCCAUUCUUAAACCAAUAGAACCAGUGGUCACUAGUCCUAAUGAAGAAGAAAAAAACGAUUGCGGAAAGGAUGGAGACAAGAAAACAUUGAUGAAGGUUGAAAAAUCAAAGAAAAAUAGAGGUCGGUCAGGAAAGUCUAAAGAAAAAGAAAUCAAUGUGCAAGUAGUAGUAACUGAAUUCCCUCAUACAUAUGAAGAAGACGAACAUCCAAAGAAAGAUAAGAAGAGAAAAUCAAAUAAAUCCAAAGAAACUGUAAAAUCAGAAGAAAUAUCUAAAUCUAAAGAAGAAGUGCAUGAAACUUAUGAAGAACCGAAAAUUGAAACAGGAGUAAAAUCACCUCAACUAGAUGAAGUUGAAGAUAAAAAGAAAAACAAGAAAAAGAAAAAGGAUAAACUCUCUUCACCUCUGAGGGAAGGCAUUAAAUUAAAACCUUUGGAAGAAUUUAAGGUGGAAGAAAAACAAAAACACACUGUUGAUAAAUUAGUUACUCAGACUUCAGUGUCCAGUCCCGAAUCUAUUCACACACCUAUCAAAGAUAGGUUUUAUAACGAAGCUCAAUACUGGAAAAAUGACCCGAGCGGUAUUGAUGAAGUUCUUACCAUAGAACUAAGUCCAACAAAAGAAAUAACUUCUAUUACUACAGAAAAUAAAGAGAUGAAAUCUGUGAAUACUCCUACAUGUAUUGACAAAACUGAAACGGAAAAUAUACUACAAUAUAAAACUGAGCAGACAAAGAUAAUUAAAGAAACUAAUAAGACAGAGACAAAAUUAACGGAAGAGUUGUCGCUUGAAAGUAAAAUGGCUGACUUGCAAAGAGAAAUUGAAGAAAUGCUAGAACCUGAAGGUUCUUCUUUAGUGAGCGAUGACACGCCAAAAGAAUUAAUAAGCUCUGCAAGUUCAGAGUCUCAAAAUGAUGUUAUAGAUAACAUUACACCUUUAUUAGCGUCUCCUGAAUCUGAGGCAGAGAUCGCAAUUACUGAAGAAGAGUCACCUCUAACUUCCAAAAAUACAAAAUCUAAAGAAGAAGUAACAAUUAGUGAGAAGCAUAUAAGCGUAAGCAUGAUCGAUGCAUUGCUAGAAGAUGAACCAGCAAGUAUAGAGCAUCCAAAGGAUGAAAUCAAGAAAAUUUGUAGUAAAUCUAUAAUUAAUAAGGAUUUUGAAAAUGUUAAAGAGAAGGAAAAAGUAGGCGAACCAAUAGGUGGACAUAAAAGUAUGACUGUGGAGCAAACUGUUCAAGAUAAUGUCAAAAAUAGCGUAUCGGCUGAAAUGUUUGAAAAAACCGUUAGAAGCUGUAGAAAUAACAGACUAGACAAUUUCUGGGUGGAUAAAUCUGCGAUAGAUGACGCUGAACAUCUCCUUGUCGAACAGAAGCAAAUUGAAACCCAGGAAAUUGUCUCAUUUAAUAAAACUAAACGUGAUAGCCUAGAAGAAAACAUCGUUAUUGAUAAUACGUUUUGGAUCGAAAAACCUAUGUACCAUGACGCGGAAUGCCAAUAUUUUAUAUCCAUUGCUAAGAAAGCAAAAAUACCUCCUACUUCCAAAGUAGAACUACAGGCAAAUGAUCAAAACGAUAAAGAUAGGGAUCCUAGCGGUAGCUCGGGCCAUACGUCCGACGCGGGCGAGACUAAGGACCCUUGUGGUUCACCUUUUGAUUCGAAUUAUAUUUCAAUGGAUUUGCCAGGCGGAAUAUGCAGUUGGAAAGAAAGUUCAUACUUGAGCGUAGAAACCCCAACAGACUCUCUUAUUAGCGAUGACCGUUUAGGCGACAUCCGAGAGGAUUUACUAACAGCCCCACCCUUAGAACCUGUUCCUCCCCCACCCUCACAGGAGUCGACGGCAGAGGCAGCCCGGAGGACACCUAAGGAUGACUUGUCUAAUGAUAUUGAAAGUCUACUAGAAGAAGUAAAGAAUGUACAAGCCCGCCUCUCGGAUCUGCCCGAUGAAAGUCUCGGAGCCAUGGAGGACGGUCUGAGGGAGGGCAUUUCCAUUCUCAGCAAGUGUGAUGAGGCGGCGGAACUCCUGGAGAGUAAAAUGAUGGAGUAUCGCCAAGAGGCAGAGAUCCAAAGCCUGAGCCGUGAAGUGGUAGUCAUCAGGGCCAGGAUAUCCAAAUUACUGCUUCAGGCGAGGCAAGGACUUGAUAUCAUCAAGGUAAGAAAGGAUGCUAAAGUAGAGGUGGUUCGUCAAGCCAAGGAAAUGGAAGACCAGAAAGUAAAGAUUGCUCAACUAGACAAAUGGCUUGAAAGCAUAGAUCAUGAACUGAAGGAGUCUACUAAGCAGUCUGAAAUAUUAACAGAGGGAGAUAUUAUAAAUUAUAUUGAAAUCUAUGAAAAAUACAUUAGGGAAUAUGAAGAGUACGAAGUUAUAUUAAAGUCUAUUACAAUAAUUGGUGUUGAUAAAUCUAGUCAAACAUUGAUGAAAAAGCUUAAAGCUACGCAACAAUCGUUAGUGGAAACGAAAAAUCUAGUCAUUGUAGAGAUAGAACGGUUAAGACAGGUAUUACUACAGAUGAGAUCUGCGGCUGAGGUGGAAGAGGAUAUAUCUCAAACGGAUAGAACGAUCGACUCAACGUCUAUGCCUGAAGAAAUUGUUUCCCCUAGAGAAAGUGAAAUUGUUAAAGAAGAAGUUCCGACAGUAAAAAAAUCCGAAGAAAAGGUCCCAAGUGAGAAGUCUAGUGAGAAAAGAUCUAGUAAAAAGAAGUCUACUAAAAAAGGAGAGAAAGAGAAAGUCGUAGUAUCAGAAGAAAAACCAACUCACACGAUUGAGACCCAAACGGGGCAAAGUCUUAGAUCGGGAUCCCCGCCUGUUACAGAUAAAUCCAUCAUGUGUGAGCCAGAAAAGAAAACCACACAGGAUGCUUCUAUUACCUGUGCCCAACCAAUGGACGUUGAAAUCCAAACAAGUGAGCCAGUCUCAGAAAAUAGAGAAAUACUAGAGAAUAUUCAAGUAAGGCAAACUAUUACUGAUGGCCAUGAAAUAUUUGAAAUCGCUACUCGGCCUGUAGCUAAAAAACAGCAAAUUGGAGAGCAAUCAUUGCUUGUUGACGCUAAUUACAAAGAUGAUAGUCAAGGUAAAGAUUCACAUCUAAAUAUAACACACAGCUUACCUCAGUCAUUUGAAACUGUCAUGGUCGAACCUGACGAAACUACGACUGAGGUAGUUGUUGAUGCAGAUGGUACUAAGAGAAUUAUUGUGAAAAAAGUGAGAAAGACUUUAGUAACACGCCAAGAAUUGAUUCACAGCCACCGUCAAACCACACAAAUGAUCCCAGAUGGUACCAAAGAACAAUCAUUUUCACAAAUAACUUUGAAAGAAGACAAAGGAACCAGUUCGACAAUGCUAGGAGAUGGUGGCAUUCAAAGGGUUGAAUACCAAACGUUUGGUGGUCAAGUUGUAUCAGGAUUACCUGGAGGUGAAGUAACCAUCCAAGAAUUUUCCUCAAGGCCUGGAGUUGUUGUGAACUUAGAAGAAGGUCUAAAUCCUGAAGAAAUCUUACAGUUGGCGGAAACCGAAGGCCAACAACAAAUUCAAACUUCGUCCUCUAGCGUUACUGCUGUCGUACAACAAGUUACUAAACGAAUCGUAAAAACGAAACGACGAAUAAUACGCAGAGUAGUAAUCAUAGACGGCAAAGAACAUGUAACGGAGGAAGUGAUAGAGGAGCCCGAUAAUGUUGAAGUAUAUGAAGAGCAAAUACCAAGGGUAUCAAUAAGCGUCAAAGAUCAAGGUGGCGUGCUCUUUGAGGAAAUUGAUGACGAUGGUGAUGAUCAUAAAGAUGACAAGGGACCUGUACCGGAUAUGAGCCACGACUACAAAAAUACAGAAGAAAGAACACUUAAAUCUGAAGACAAGCCAGACGAUCAACCCAAAUAUAAACCAGAUGAUGACAAGAAACCUCUCAAAGGUGACAGUCCCGAAACUAAACAAGGAAAAGAUAUACGUGAACUGUCCGACGACUUUAUUCAAAUGGAAAGUCAAUUCCAUUCACAGUACAUUGAGUCAGGCACAAUUACCAGAGAUUCAGAAAUAAGAGAAUCAUCUCCUGUACAGACAAUUACUGUAUCCAAAAGUUAUGAAAUCGUUCCUGAAGAGACAGGAAACCAAGAAACCUAUCACACCCAAGAAUCAGUCGAAACCCAUGCUGCCCGUAUAAGCGAAAUCAGUACAGCAAAAUCAGAUGAUCAUACACCUAAAUAUCAAUCGAAAGAAAAAUCAUUUGAUGAUGACAAACCUCUUAAAGGCGACGGUCACGAAACCAAAGUAGAUAAAGAUGUCAAUACGUUGUCUAAAGACUUCAUCCAAAUGGAAAGUCAGCGUCAUUCACAAUAUGCAGAGUCUAGUAUAACUACCAAACAGUCACAAAUAAGAGAAACAUCCCCUGUCGCGACAGCUAUAUUUUCUCAAAAGCAAGAAAAUAUACCUGAAGUAGAAGAAACCAACGAUGUCAGCGCGUUGCCUAAAGACUUCAUCCAAAUGGAAAGUCAGCGUCAUUCACAAUAUGCAGAGAAUACAACUAUCAAACAGUCACAAAUAAAAGAAACAUCCCCUGUGGAGACAGUAAUAUUACCUGAAACGCGAGAAAAUAUCCCUGAAGUCGGAGAAAUUCAAGGAUCGUAUUACGUUCAAGAACCACAAGAUCCUCAGUCCACAUUUAUAAGCGAAGGUUAUCAGCAAUCAACGUUACAGACUACGUCAUCAAACAUUUCUACGGUUGUUCAAAAAGUAACAAGAAAAAUAACUAGAACUCGAAGACGUAUCAUUAAACAUAUACAAAUAAUUGAUGGCAAGGAGCACGUCACUGAAGAAAUCAUUGACGAACCUGAUGACGUUGAGAUCAUUGAAGAGGAGCCUAAGGUUCUACUCAUAAAAAUUCAAGAACAAGGGGUCAAGACAAAACGUAUUAAAAUAAUACGCCAGAUACAGAUCAUAGAUGGAAAAGAACAUAUUUCGGAACAGAUUGUUGAAGAACCUGAUGAUGAAUUUAUUCCGGAAACAACUAUUAGCACUGAAAUUGAUAUUAGUAUUGAUAAAAAGCCAUCGAUUGUUCCCGAAGGUAGCAUUGAAAAAUAUACGCAAGAAUUACCUACGCCCUCAACUACUGAAUUAUAUUCGUUGAUUGUAGAUGCGACAAAAAAUACAAUAACUAGUGAUCUAAACACACAGUACUCGCAACCUGAAACUAAAGACCUUGAUUCCACUGAAGGAAUAGAUAUGGAUCCUAUCGAUUUGAAGGGUCAACUAAAGGAGGUAGCAGGCAUCGAACAAAUCGAUGCCAAAUCUAAGGAAGCUUCUGAAAAAGAAACUACGAAGGAAUUAUCCAGCCCCUGCCAAGUCCUACUAGGAAAUCGAAAUCAGCGUCCCCGAGCAAACGAGCCUGAAGACACAACUAAAGAUCAAGGAUUGAAGUGGGAUGCAGUUGAACUGGAGAAAUCAUUGCAAUCUACUCAAAUCGCCUCAGAUUCGACUUCUGCAAGAACAGCCGUUACAUCUGAAACACCAAGCUUAUCUAUUAAAACUUAUACAGCCCAGAAAUUAGAACCGUCUAAUACUUUAGAAAUUCAUUUGCCAAGUGAACCACACUCUCUAAAACCUAAUGAAAUCAAACUAUCAAAACCAGAUACUGCUAGUGCUAGUUAUACCGUAAGAGAAACUACUGAAUCCGUAUCGUCUAAUCAGUUAGCAACAGAAGAUGAUAUAAUAAAUUCUACUCUUGUAGAUAAGGAAAAAGAAAAAUUGAAUACCUCCGAAGUCACUGAAGUAAAAAGUUCUCGUACAGAUGAUAUUGAAUCGGUAGAAGGCAAUAUGUCUGAAUCAAUAAAAUUAGAUGUCACUAUUGUACACAAGCCUAAAUCGCACUACACCAUUGAUACUCAUAAAGUGGAUGACGUAGAAAACCCGAUAUUAACGGAAAAGAAACUAAUAGGUGAAACAGAUAUUAGCAAGGAGUCACCAAGCGAUAUUGUUGAUGUAACUAAGAAUAUUAUGAGCUCGGAAGGACAAGUACCUAAAAAGCGUGGAAAGAAGGCAAUAAAUAAAGACUUACCUGCUGAAAAAAUAUCUGCAGAUAAUAAACCUCAUGAAGAACCGAUUCAAUCCCACAUUGAGCCAACGCUGGAUGAAAUUGAAAGUAAUGAUUUGACUCCGAAAGUUUCUGGUGUUCAACCAGAUGAACAAGAUGUGGAUGUUAAAUCAUCUGCUGUCCAACACAAAGAUCCUGGGUCAAAAUAUGACAUUAAUCUGCUCCUUGAAGCAGAACGUGCAGAUUCUCAUUUAAGACAAAGACCAGCCCUUGAUGUUCAAACGAAACCUUUACAAAGUGUUGAUAUAACAAUGUCGAUUUCCAAAACCGAUGUCGUUAAAAGAGACGAGCCUAAAGUACAUCUUGACAUGAAAGUUGAAAAUUUUGAAACCAAACAAUCAACAAUUGUCAAAAAAGAUAUUGAUGUCAAUUUACCGAGUGAAUUAAAGAUAAUUGAAGAUCACCCCCUAACGCUCUCAGUGGAUGAAAAACUUAAAGAUGACGUCAUAAAAGAACCAACACCUGCUCUUAAAUUAGUGCCCAAAUUGAAAUUGAGGAAACAGAUCAAACAUCAAGUGGAACACCAGAUACCUCUAAAGAUCACAGAAAGUAAAAAGAAAAAGAAACACAAACCUACGCCUGACGCAAGCCUAGAGGAAUCUACCAAAUCAGAGCUGCCUGUAGAAAUACCUGAAGAUAAGAGUGUUAUUGAUACUGACAGCUCAUCUCUUAGUCAUUACGUCGAGUUACCAACUUCGCCGGCUUUAGAUUCUCCCAAACCUACCGAAGAUAUCUUGGAACCGAAAGUAGAAUCAUUAGAACCAGAUUCAUUCGUUGAAUCUGAAAGGGCUGCUGACGAAAAGGGUUACGAGGGAGAAGAAAUAUCAGGGACCAACACCCCUACCCAAAAAGAGGCAAAGAAACGCAAGGCCUAUGGCGCUAGUGAAGAAACAACUUAUCCUAAAGAAACCACUGCAGAGUCUGAUGAUACAUCAUUGUCAAGUCGAGUUGAAAUCGCAGAGCCCGCACAAGAAAAGAAAGGAAAGAAAAAGAAGGGAAAGAAAAAGCCACCUACCGAUCCAGAAGAAGUAGAAGAAUCUGAAUCCGCUCAAAAGUUGGAGCAGGAGCCUGAAAGUCCAAAAAUAGGCAGUGAGAAUAUAGAGUCUCCUAAAGAGGAAUCUUACCAUACAAUGAGUGAGACAUCUGACAUAAGCACGGUUAAAAUAAUUGAGGAAUGCGUUCAAAGUAGCCCAGAAUCCUUACACAAGGAAGUUUUGACUACUGUGACUUUCCCAGUCCCUGUAGUUGAAGAAAUUCCAACGCAAGAGUACUCUAUCCAAACAUCUCCAGAAUUAUCUGAAUCCAUUAAAGAUGUCAAGGAACAGCUAAAACCGGAAACUGUAGCCAUUGAGCUACAAACAUCUCCUACUCCUGUUAUUGAAACUGUAGUACAAACUACUCCUAGGGAUGAAAAAGACAUUGACACUCAGACAAUUGAAAAUAUCAUAACAGUAGCAGAAAAAGUACCCGUCGUUGAUACUGAAAUUCAAACUAGUAGAACGGAAACGCCACAGAAGACGGAGCAGAUUGAAGCGACAACUCAAGUGAUUGCACACGAUAUAGUUACUCCGGAAGAAAAGUUUUCUCAAACUUCAUCACCUAUUGAGGACACGGCAGUAAAAUCCGAAACAGCAGAAGUUGUAACAGAAUCCAAAGAAAUCCAAACAUCUCCCUUGCCUACACUACAAAAAGAUGAAAAAGGUACCGGAAUUUCCAUCGAAACAGUUGAAACUGAUAUCCAAACUAUACAAGAUAUUAUUGACCAGGAAACAUGCAUAACGCCAGUACCAGAAAAAGAAGUUAUUGAAAUGUCUAUACAGACACCCGAUUUACCAGUGGUAAGCACAUCUACUCAAUCGGAUUAUGUUGAACCUGAAAGAAAAGACGACGCAGCUGAAGUAGCAUCACCAACGCCUCCUAAACCAGAAGUUUUCGAUGUAAGUCAACAAACGUCGCCUAGAACACCAGAACAGUCCGUUAUUAUAACCACAGCAGAAAAAGAACCUGAAAGUGUUCCUGAAUUACCAAUAAGGAAGGAAGUUACUUCAGUCGAUCGUACUCAACAAACGACUCCUAGAGAACCAAUUGUUGAAAUUCCAACAACUAGGCCAGUAGAUUUAGAACUGAAGAAAACAAAAGCACUGACUAUUGAUAGUACUCAACAGACAUCUCCAAGAGUUUAUUCGGAAGACUCAAUAUCAACAUCGACUGAAGAACCUUAUGAAAUACAAUUACGAGCACAAAUAACAAUUCCAGAAGCGACCAAUGACUUCCUUGACAACGAACGACAACUAGCUCCACAGUCUAUUCUCGGGGACAGACAAAAACCAAAGAAGAGGAAAAAUAAGCGGAAGAUGGAAUCACCAGUAACUCAGACACCAGAAAGCCUCUCCGAUCCUAUAACGACAGAAUUACUUAUGUCUGUAACGCCUACAAGUGAAGACUACACAAGUAGAGAUACGUCAUCAAUAGAUGAGGGUAUUUCUCAGUUAGCUAGCCCUAUAUCAUCAGACCGCCAGGAGUUUGGUAAUCAACACAAAUUAACUUACUCUGACGUCGUCCAGCGAUCGAAGUCUAAAUCCCCCUCUCCCACUAAAUCGGUCCACUUUUCUCGAAAACCUGAGAAAACAAGACUGCUUGAUGCCUUAGAGAAAAGAACACAAUUCCUGACAGACUCUCCAAGAAAAGUGCCCGGCGAUUCAGUGGCUAUUGUUGUUCUGGAUCAGUCUGUAGAGAAAUCAUAUGAUUCUGUUGUCAACAAAGAACUUCAAGAUCUUAAGAAUGCAAUUGGCAAUAAUGAUUCGACAAGGGUUGAGAGGAGCGUUGUGGUCAUCAUAGAAACUAUAUCUAUUUGGUUGGAAGAAAUACAAUACAAAAUUCAAACCGAUACUAUUUCCAAUGGAGAAUCCGUUAAUGAAGCGCAACGCUUAACAUCCUUACAAGGGUACAUUCAAAGUCUAAAAGAAAUAAUAGAAAUUACCGAAGUAAAUGAAGAAAUCGUAACUCUCAUUGAAAUGCUAACUCGGCAAGCAGAUGCGGUCAAUGAUCUAAACCGCCAAAGCUCGACUACUGUAAAAGAAGUUGAAAAAGACUGGUUGAAGUUCUUGGACGAUAAUGAUAAACUGUACCAGUCUGUCAACAAGGUAAAAUCUAAGCUUGAUGAUAUCCUUCUGUCUGAUAUUCCAACACAACAGAAAUUAGACAAAUUGGAUAAACUAGAGAACGAAAAUGUAACUAAUUCUGAUUCAGUCACUAAAAUGUUCCGCCGGUAUCGAAUUUUAGUGGAAAACAACAUAAAGCGGGAAUGUCCAACUACUCUGUACGCUUGCGAUGAUGAUACUAAGCAGGUGGAAAAUUCGAUCAAUACCGAAAGGGAUCGUUUGCUUCAGUUGUCAGCAUUGGCCGAGGAAUAUGAACAAACAUUACAAGAUUUUGGACAAAUAACCGAUGUAGCAGAAGCACUGCUAGAUGGAAAAAUAAUUGUAUCUGAUUUAGACCACUUACAUGAAGAAAUCCAAAAACACAGAAAGUUCUUCGUCAAUCUAAGCCAUUGCAGAGCUAUCCUCGAAUCUUUAGAAGAUAAUUUGGAUGGUGAAACAAGAUCCAAGUAUUCAUCUUUACAUAAUUCCCUACACGAUCGUGCUACAGUAAUAAUUGACAGAGCAGCAGGUCGCGCUCAACAAAUGACUUUGGCAGCAUCUCGAUGGACCACAUUAGAACAAGGCAUGAGAGAAGAACAACAGUGGCUAAGAGUAGCACACCAGAGGAUACCUGACCUCACGAAUGUCACAUCCAUCGACCACGAGCAAUAUAUCAACUUAUACCAAUCCGUCAGCUUGGAUGUAUCACAUCAUCAUGCAAAGAUCUUACGCCUAUUGUCGGUCACUGAUGGACUGCAAAACCUGAUUGUUUGUUCCGGGUUAGAAACUGAAUGUUCUAUAGCCCUCGAUACGUUGCUCAAGCUACAGGAAGAUGUGGAUUCUCGACUCAUUCGACUGACGGCUUUUAAAGAAAACUGGAUGACUUAUGACUUCAUUGUAGAAAGAAUAGAGAACUGGAUGAAAAUCGCUAAAACGGAGCUUGAACACAUUACUCCUGAAAAUAUUACAACAACUGGAAACUUGCGUCGGUUUUGGGAACUCAAAGCCCAACACGAAGUUCAUAACAAUCUUAAAAAUGAGUCCGGUGUCCAAUUUGAAAAAGCAUUAGAAAUUUUACCAGUAUCUGAUGAAAUGGUUCAGCGUCAAUUCUUUUCAAAAAUAGAAGACCAAUGGCGGGAAAUUGCCGUCAAAAUUGAUAGCUUACAUUCUUCUGCCAUUCAAAGUAUUUCCGACCGUGACGUGUCCACUGGCGAGAAGCUCAAUAUCUUGGAAGAUGAAAUUCGAGAAUUACGUGCGUCGCUCGAUAGCUUGAAGACAGUUAUAAGAAGCGAGGACGAACUAAACCUUUACAUCGAGAGACUUCAAGUGAUGACGGGCCGCGUUGACAGAAUACAGAACGAGCUCAGUAGGCUGAACUUGCUACCUACUGCGGAGUCUGAUCGCUUGGGGACCCUGUUGUCCCAGUCGCGCAACUUAGAUGACCAGGUUGCCGAGGAGCUAGAGCGCAGCAUGCUCUUGAAAGAGAAGAUAGUGCAGGUUCAAGCCGGAAUAACUCGCUGUCAGAAGAAUCAACGUCGCGGACGCCUCACUCUCGAGGAGUGCGCGGCCGCGGAACGACUCGGCAGCGACGUAGUGGAACGAGCAUCCGAGACGUGCGACAGACUUCUAGACGAUCUCUCGGCGCAAUGGAGAGACAUAAGAGCGCUAAAUCAGGCGCUACAUACCUUGCCGACAUGUCUUCGAGUAUCCGUUUCGCUUACAGAUUUGGAAAGAGACAUCACAGGACUUCAGGAAAGCCACGCGCAACUAGAAACCGAAGCGAGCGAGCUGAGCGCGCGACUGCGGGCCAAAGUUCAGCUGUGGUGGCGGUUCGAGCGGCAGCUGGAGCUGGUGCAGGGCGCGGUCCGCGAGGCCGACUACAUGGCCGAGCUGCUCACCGUGCAGGGGCAGGUGGACUACGACCGCCUGCUCAAGGCCACCGAGAAACUAGAGACGCUAAGCGAGUCGCUGUCCCGUCGCUCGGGCGAGCUGGUGGGCGAGCUGCGCGCGGCGGCGGCGCCGCUGGCGGCCAGCACCGAGCCCGCCGUCGCCGCCAGGAUGCAGCGCGAGCUGGACGACGCCGCCGCCGCCUACGAGCACACGUGCAGGAACCUGACGCAGCUGUGUGACAAAUACCAUAAAGCGGUCGAGCUAUGGAAGCGGUACCGCGACGCCGCUGCCGCCGUGCGGGCCUUCGCUGAGCAACAAGAGGGUCGGUUGCACGCGCUGCGACCCGCAGAAGCACCCACCAUCGCCCAGGCAUGCUCGGAACAAGAAGCCCGUGUGGCCGAGCUGCGCUCACUGGCCGCCCGCGUGGCUACAGAGACCGGCAGCCGCGCGCUGCAGGCCGACGCCGACGCGCUGGCCCGGCGGCUGCAGCUGGUCGCGGGCGCCGUGCAGGCUCUGGCAGAUCUCGGGGAGGCCCGGCAGCUGGCGAGGGCGAAAGCGCAGCAUGUCAAGGAGCAGUUCAGUGAUAUGAGACAGGACUUGAUGCCUCUACAUGAAGAUGGUGAGAUCGUGGAAGACCAACUCAUUGCUCUUCGAGAGAACUUGAUCACGCUAGGAAAGAGCGAAGCGGACAUCGUACCCGCCAAGGAGCAGCUUCCAGAUAUCGACAGGGAUGUCUCAGAAGAACACUCCAUCGUCAGGAUCCUGGAGCUAUGGCAGGCCAUGUUCAGAGACACCUUCCUGCAUUACCACAGGCUCUCCACGGCUCUGGUGAGAUCAGGAGAUGCCGCGACUGCUUUGCGGUUAUGGCACGAGUACCUCCAGGAUUUACAAUCAUUCCUAUCAGGGUCUGUACCCGCCGACUAUGAAAACUUAACUGAACAUAGACGAUUAUGCAGAGUCCAUAGAAAUCUGUUAGCUUCACAAAGAUCUGUACUUAUAAAUGAACACAAGGAGACAAAACACAGGGACCUGGUAGAGAAAUUUGACACGUUGACGAAUCUUCACAAUGAGACCCUGGCGAGAAUAGUGGAGCGACAUGACGAAGUAUCCACCAGGAUCGCAGCUUGGGAUGACUACAGAGAGAUCUACAUCGAACUGUUGAGAUGGCUCAAAGAAAUGGAGCUUGAAAAAGAAAAGUUGCAACUGAGAUAUGUCCACAUUAAGAGAAUACAAAAAAUAUUGACUAAAGUGCAAAAUCUAUCUGACAAGAUACCUGAAGGUCGUAAACAGGCAGAAAAAUUAUCCAGUAAUCUCAAGAAAAUAUUAGAAUUUACGGAAGAAACAUAUGGAGCUUCUGUAAGGAUGGAGUACGCGGGAAUUGUUAAGCGAGUUGACAACCUGAACGCUAGUUUAGACACUUGGCGAGACUUCCUCACCCGCAUACUCGGGCUAGUCAGUGAAUACGAAAACCUCACUAAUGAUCUUCACAAACUAUACUCAAAGACUCAGGACGAAAUCAUAUCAUACUCAGAUGAAGACAGACUAUCGCGGCCACAGCUGAAAAAGGCGAUAGAAAAAUACACGGAGUUAAGGACUAAAGUUGACAAGACCGAAACUCAAAUUGAAGCACUCAGUGUUAUUCAAGAGCAACUAAAGGAAUGCCUUAGUCCUCAGGAUAUAAGGAUUGUCAACCAACGAGUGUGGCAACUGAGGCAGCAACGAGCUGAUUUGGAACAUCAAUUAACGAUUAUUAUCCACCGGCUGCAGGAACGGCUGGAGCUCUACACGAUAUUUAACUCGCGGUUGCUUCGGUUCGCCGAAUGGCUUACCACACUCGAGGCGCGUCUCGAAACCUCUAGUCAGAACAGUGAUUUGGGAGCCCUCGACCCCCACGACCUUAUCAGACGAAUAACCUCGGAUGUCGAAGCGGAAACAUCUAUGAAAGAACGUGAAUUUGAAUGGCUCUCGGAAACGGGCAGCGUCCUCGUUGAUCUUUCUAAAAAGGAUGAGAAGGCAUUCAGUAAAACGACAAGCAAACAGCUCAGCGAAAUAAAUGCUCGUUGGCACAAACUUCAAGAUAGCGGCCGAGCGAGGAUAUCCAAAAUUAGUGAGCUACUCGAGACCAUCACGCAGUUGGAGGAACGGUUGACCAUGAUCAGGCUAAAACUGCACACCAUCGAAUCUAACCUGACCAGCACGGUCAUCAUCCAGGUAUUGACAACGAGAGCGGUCGACGAGAAAUUCCAAGAACGCGACGAGAUACACAAAAACAUUGAAACAGUCAGCGGGGAGGUCGGAGAAACUCUUAACCUCUGCGAACUGGUAUUCAACGACCCCGACGUUCUGAGAGGCAACUUCGACCUCCGCAACUUACGCACCGGCGUCGACAUCGUCGAGAAGAAAUGGAAGAACAUCUGCGACAUGUCCGAACAACGCAAAAACACGCUGAAAGAGAUCCGUAAAUCGGCCGAACUCGCAAACUCUCUGCUACCCAAGGUUGAAAAGAAACUGGACUCGGUCGAGAAGAGAGUCGAAAAAAUAGAGACCAGGAAGCAGAGAGGAGAAGAGGACGACGAAAGCGUAUCGAAGGCGGUCAUCAGAGAUUUGGAAGCAAUGGAGGAGGACGUCAAGAGGCUGGAGGACGCGUACAGCCGGGUGGCCUCGGCGCGCGGGGUGGAGCUGCGCGGAGACGCGGCGGACGCGGCCGCGCGGCUGCGCUCGGCCGUGCGGCGCCGCCGGCAGCUGCGCGCGCGCGUGGACGCGGCCGGCGCCGACCAGCACCGCCGCCUCGUGGCCGCGCACGGCCGCGCCGUCAUCGCGCUCGCCGAGGCCGACGUGCGCCUCACCAGGGCGCUGCAUCUGGCGCCGGCGCCUCUGGACAGGGACGCUACCGUGGCCGAACUGAUGGGUGUCGAGGAGGAGCUAGCGGAGUGCGAAGCUUUGGUACAGACAGCAGAUCAACUGGCAGCAAACGUGUCGUCUGUGGCCGGUGUGAGCGACAUGGUGGCGGAGUACCACGCGCUGUACAACGACGUGCGCCAACGGCUGUCCGCCGCGCGCGCCGACCUCGUCGGCGACGUCGACUCCGCUGUACAGGUGGACACCCUUAAAUGGGAGACGGACGCCGCUCUCCAAGUAGACACCCUGACUUCCAAAGAAACUUACCGCGCUGAGCUAGCGUCAGCAGUGAAAGAGGCCUCGGACUGCCUGGAGGCUCUGAGAACAGCACUGCUGCAACAGCCCAAGGAAGACGCGGGAAGCGAUGAGUUGGCAACCGCUGCGAAAGAAAUCGCCAAGGCUGGCGCUAAGCCCAGCCAGAUACUGGAGUUGGCCAAACAUUUGUCCGAACUACUCCUGACGGAAUGCGACGCGACCGAAGAUGAAGCCAUGCUGAAAGAAGUCGAGUCUCUUUCGUUGAGAUACGAGGACCUUCUCGCACAAGCGAAGAAGAGGGAGCUCCAAAUCAAUAACCUAAGGUUGCCGCACUCGGCGUCAUACGCGCUCACGUGCGAACAUGAGAGCGGGCGACUGACGUGCCCUCUCUGCUCCGAGCGCAACUGGAAGCAGCUGGACAACGACCUCUGGCGCCUGGAGCAGUGGCUCCAGUUUGCAGAGGCCACGGAGGAGGGCCGCGGCGACCCGCCCGAGGUGUACGACCAGCUGGAGGACGCUAUACAGGACCAUCGUGAGUUCCUGCUGGACCUGGACUCGCACAAAUCCAUCGUGGUCUCCCUGAACGUGGUGGGCGCGCACGUGGCCGCGCACGCGUCCGUGGCGGCGGACGCGCAGCGCGUGCGCGCGCGCCUCGCCGCCGCCAACGCGCGCUGGGACCAGGCCUGCGCGCGCGCCGGCGUGUGGCAGAAGAGGCUGCAACGAGCCUUGGUGCACAACCAGCAGUUCCAUGACAUCGUGGUGGAGCUGGUGGCGCGGCUGGGCGCGGCCGAGCGCGGCGUGCGCGCGCGCGAGCCGCUGCGCCUGGCGCGGCCGGCGGCGGAGCUGCAGCGCGACUUCCGGCGCUUCAGCGAGCUGCGCGACGAGCUCAGCCGCGCCGAGCCGCGCGUGCACGCGCUGCACGACGCCGCGCAGCUGCUGCGCAGCGGCGACGCGCCGCCCAACGCGGAUGAUAUCUGCCGAAGACUGGGCGAGCUGCGGCUGCGCCUGCAGUCGCUGCGCAAGCUGUCGGGCGUGUACGCGCUGAAGCUGGGCGCGGCGCUGGCGCGCCAGCCGCGCGGCACGUCCGCGCUGGCCGCCGCCGUCGCCGCCUCCGCGCCCAUGCUAAUGGAGGAGGAGGAGGAACAAAUCUCUACGCUGGAGCUGCCCCCCCUGGACGAGAAUGAUGUGGUCGUCACUGAAGACGACGAGGAGCUGUCGCGGCUGCAGCGCAGCCUGCGGUUCGUGUGCCGCGUGGCGCGCGCGUCGCUGCCGUUCCAGGCGCUGCUGCUGCUGCUGCUGGGCGCCGCCGCGCUGGCGCCGCACGCCUCGUCCGACUGCGGCGCGCCCGGCCUGGCGCUGGAGCCCGUGCUGCGCUACCCCGACGGCCCGCCGCCGCUCUGAUCGCGACCCCACUCGUCGCCGCCGCCGCCCGGUCCGCUUCUAAAGCUUUUCAUAGGCGUAAAGAGGCCGGGCUGCCAUUUUUCCUUUCAGCCGGCUUAGCUGGCGACUUAUGAAAGCUUACGCGGGUCGCGAACUAGAAAAUGGCGGUUUUUGAGUUGGCGACCCGCUUCUAGUUUUCGUUUAAGCGUUCCUGCGAUGCCGCCGCGCUCUGGCCGGUUUCGCGGGAAACUCGGCGUGAGCGCCCCACAUUCCACUCGGUGCUCCGCCCGCCGCUUGUAAAUACCCUUUUGUAUAUUUGUUAUUUAAAAUUGAUGAAAGACAUCGGCGGGCGGGCGUCCCCGUUAUUAUUUAUAUGAAUUUGUAUCAAAAGCGACGGACCUGCUUCACGCGUUGUUACUUAAAUCACUUUAGUUUAUAAGGACUGUGUACAAUAAAGUCAAAUAAAGCCUUUGCAAUUGAUUA